CUAAACUAAACAGCGCUAAACCCCUGGGGAACUCUCUCUGAGGUCUACAACUAAAUUCAGACACUGCAGAAAGAAUCAUACAGAGGCAAAUAUUCACUUUUUCGCCAAAGACAGCGAGAGGCGGAAAUAUGGAAGGACGAAUUUGAUUUGACACCGUUUAACCUUUGAGGGCCCCGUAAUAGGUCACAGUGCUUGGUUGCAAUUCAGGCCUUGCAAAUGGCAGCGUAUUUUAAUGGCAAUCCAGAGAAAGAGACAGAUUUGGCGGGUUUUGAUGAGUUCUCCUUCCAAACACAUAGUUAUCGACCUGAGUAUUCGUCCAGUUUCCCAGAUAUCCGUAUCCAGAGGCAAAGAUCAUUGGGAAGGCGAAUUAAAGCUGUAGAUAUUUUAGGGACGCUUAGAGAAAAGACCGCAUUUCUAUCAGGAGGGUACGACCGACAAGGAAGAGCAAUCAUUACGAUUUUAGUGCCCAAACAUGAAGACAUCGACACAGAGAAACUUUCAGAAACUUUGAUUUAUUUCACUCAAAUCCCGAGUGAAGAAGUUCUGAACAGAAAGUUCACCUUUGUACUCGAUCUUCAUGAGGGAACAUGGAAAGCUGCCAAAGCCUUACUCAAAACAUUACAGGAGGUUGUUCCUGACAAGAUUCACCAGAUUGUUAUCAUAAAACCUGAUGCAUUCUGGGAGAAGAGAAAAUCUGAUACAUCAAUAAAAACCACAGACCAUGAGACAACUGUAUUAUCAUCCAGUAGUAAGCUUACUCAAAUCGCUGACGAGGCGCACCUAACCCGGGAUUAUGGCGGAACACUUCCAUACGAUCACGAAGACUGGAUUCAACGUAGAGUGUUUGCUGAGCGUUUUGCGGAUGACGCGGCAGCACUUCUCGCAUCACGUGACACCCUGGAAGAUGAUCUGGACACACGUGCUGAAAGUGACACCAUCCCCGACACAGAAAAACUCCUCCGAGACCAUGAGGCCAAGCGGGCAUACUUGGAUGACGUCAUCAAGCCGGUAAUUCAGCGUGGCCUCGAUCUCGUGAACUGGCUGGAGCGCAGUGAGCCCCGAAUACCUGCUGGUCUGCGGCACUCAGGCUCGCCGAUGUCCCUAGCGACAGAAGAGAAGAUUGAGGUAGAAGGCGUGGUCUCUAAGCUGGAGGGUAUGCGUGGACACUUAGUUUCCAUGUGGGAGAAUAGAUGGACGGAGCUCAUACAAAAUCGUGACUUGAUCGAGUUUGAGCUUGGCUUCAAAAGGGUCAUUGACUGGCUGAUGGGCACGGGAGAGGCAUAUCUUAGUUCUUCUAACGAUCUCGGUGACUCCGUCAAGAGCUGCGAAUUUCACCGUCGCCAGCAUGAGGAGUUCGACAUCUCUGCGCGGGAAGUAAUCCAGCUGUUCAGUCGAGUUCGCGAUCUCGCGAAACGCAUGCUCCAGGAAAAUCACUUCGCCAGCCGGAAGCUGCGCGCCCAGAAAGACUAUCUAGACAAAGUCUGCCGCAGCUUUGCGUCCCGAAUGGAGCGUCGGAAAGACCUCGUGCUUUCUACCCACAUGUUUUACCAGAACGCAGCCAAGCUUUCUAGUUUUCUUGACGACUUAUUGGAACUCCUCUGCUCGGAUGCGAUCCUGAUAGAAGACCAAGAAAGUGCAGAAAUGUUACUCAAGACCCUUGAACACAAGGCAGACGCCGUGACGCAAGCGUCCGAAGACACGUUACGUGACGCCACGACAGCUAUUGAAUUGAUGAACGCACCAACCACAGACGUCCACGGUGAUGUUGUCACCCCAGACUUCAGUCAAGCAAUCCAUCAUGUUCAGAUGACGCUGGACGAGUUACAGGGCCGCAAGAAACGUACAGAUGAGUUGUGUGACGUGAGGAGGUUAAAACUUCAGCAGUUAUUGCAGCUGAGGACUUGUGAGGGUGACGCACAGCAGGCCAUUACUUGGCUUGGGCAACUGCGGAACGGAGCCCUGGACACAUGUGCAGAAGUGGGCCGGACAUCGGACGAAACAGACGCUCUUCAAAAGGAGCACGAGCGAGUGGAGAUAACUGCAAAGGGUACGUUUGACUACGGCAAGCAACUUUUGCAGACGUCAUUGGUCCUCCGUCGCACUUGCCGUUACGAUAUGGCGCCUAAUCAGCGCAUGGAAGAUCAGUUGAAUCAAGUGUGGGACGAGUUCUGUAAAGCUAUGGCGGAGCGCGGGGCGCGUCUCGCUGUGGCGCACAUGUUCUAUCACAGCGCGGAGCAGCUGAUGCAGAGCCUAGACGACCUCCGUGUGGGCUACUCGUCAGAACGACUCCCGGAGGAUCUGUCUCGCGAGGAAGCGCGUGCCUUCCUUGCAGCACACGAGGACACGAGGGAAUCCAUCAACCGCACCUACACAGAGACCGUUGCUAUGGGGAAAGCGUUGAUUGACAGACUGGACCUGCCAGCGCCUGGUGAGAGAAGUGAGGUGGGGCUCAAGCCGCUGCAUCCCCUAGAGGACUGCGUGGAGGAGUUGGAAGAGGCGCGCCGAGGAUUCGAGGAGGCCUGGGACGAGCGCAUGCGCACACUGUCAAGCUGGAGGCAGUUUGAGGAUUAUGCGGAUCAGUUUGAGGAGCUGAUGGUGUGGAUACGGAACGCACUCGAAGAGAAUGCGCAAGACCGCUGGACAGUAGGAGAGAACUAUCAGCAGGCCCAGGAUCUGUUCCAGGCCUUCACGGAUCUUGAGAAGCGAGUCAAGGAAAAAGAAUCUGAGAUCCAGUGCAUACUUGAUGUCGCUCAGAUACAGCAACCUACUCAUGGCAACCAGGUAGCAACUUCCACUAUGUCGGGCUCCCUGUGGGACGCGUGGACUGCGCUCCAGUCUCAGCUGGAGGAUCGGCGCACACUCCUCAACACUUCAAUGGAUUUUCACCGCGGGGCUGAGCAGUUUAACGACCAGCUUGACCAUGCUCAAGAUGAGCUCACUCGCGCACUUCUAGCGGAAGACAUCUCUUCAGCGCCGUCAGUUCUUGAGCAGCACCAAGAGCUUCGCAAGAGUGUGCUGGAAGUCUCGAUGCAGACUUUAGCUAAGGGACAGGCGCUGCUGGACCGUUUACGACAGGCCAGCACUCACGCAGACAUAAACAACAGGCAUGCGACUAAGGCCGCCUGUUACAGCAUCGAGCGCAUACUCGAGGCAUUGCACCUGCGCAGACGUCACCUUGACGACUUGUGGAAAGCUCGCAAAAAGACACUCGAGCAGUGUAUCAAAAAAUGUAAAAUAGAAGAGGAAGCACGAAAGAUAAGCAAAUGGAUAAAAUACGAGGCCGAAGACUACCUAGGUUACAGAGACUGUGGCGAUUCAGUAGCGUCAACACAAGUUUUACUGGAUGAACAGACACAAUUUGAGCAAACUGCCAGGGAUCGCGAGGAGACGGUGGAACGCCUGGCCCGAGAGACAGAGAAACUUGCACAUGGCAACUACCAACAUCUGGAAGAGACAGUCGCUCUUGUGAGCCAGUUACAGCUCGACACCCGCGAGCUGAUGAGCAGACUGGAUGAGCGAAGACGGCUACUUACCAAGACGCUCGCCUUCUACAAGAGCGGUUAUAAGGCUAUCCAAAAGCUGGAUGAGAUCGAGCAGCUCCUCCCUGAGGAACACCUGACGGUAGAGGAGCAGCGUGAGCUUCUAUCUGCCAUCAGUGAAGCGUCCGCGUCACAGCUAAGGGAAGGCCGCCUUUUAUCUGAGCGGCUAGCAGCUGAACCAAAGCAACAGCCCGUCGUUGUAAAGAUGUACGAGCAGCUACAAGCAAAAAGUAAAGCGCUCGUCGAAGAGACGCAGGUCUCUCCGGAAGCUGACUCUGAAGUUGAACAAAUCCACGGUUGGAUCAAGUUCGCGGCCGAGGGCUUUAUGGACGCCAACUCAGAAAUGGGCAGCAACAUCACCGCCGCCCAAGACUUCAUCACACAACAUGAAGAUUUGCACAGAGAGGUGAAAGAGAUGGAGGGGCAAAUUGCGCGCGUCUCUGAACCCUCCAAAUCCCGCAGCAAAGCAGACGUAGAUCGUACAAAGGAUCUCCAGGCUUCAUGGUCCGCUCUGACUGGUAGACUCGACUACCGUCUGCACCUGGGCAAAAUUUACUACGACUUCCACAAACAAAGACAAAUGUUAUGGAGCAAACUCGACGAACUCGAGUCGCAGCUCACAAGCGAUGAGCCGAAAGAGAACGUGGAUGCUUCCGCUGUGGUGUACACGCGACAGAGACAGAUCCGGGAAACAAUCAUCACCUCAUCUGACAGACUACAAAAAGACGCACAUACAAUCAUGGAACAAUUGCAACAGGAACCCAAGGACAGCACUCUGAAUCGGGAGUCCGCGGGCCGAACAAUCCACACAAUUCUAAUCGAGCUUCAGGAGAGACUGGGCAGCCUGGAUCAGCUAUGGAAGAUUCGAGACGUUCAGCUCAAGAGACACCGGCAGCUCAGCACCGAGUUCGUGCAGUUCGAGCGGGACACCAGAGAGGUGAUCACUUGGAUCGAGGAACAGAGCGAACAGUUUUUCCCGGUGAUGGUGAACUACAACUCUCUCCCGGCUGACCCACGUGACAUCGAAGAGAAGCUUAAGAAGUUCAGGGAAGCCGCAGAGCGAACCGAUGAGGACGUGCAGCGACACCUACGCGCCGCAGAAAAGCUCGCAGAUGAAGAUCAGAGCUACCGAGCUGCCAUUACCGUGGUAACCGACGAGUUGAAGAUAGCGUACCAACGCUUCAAGACGCUCAUGACAGACUAUGAGGUGUUGCUUGCCAUGUGCGCCACAUUUUUCUCUAGCGUCGACAAGUUUCUGCAAAUGGUUGACCACAUGAUGGCAGUGUUCCGUAGCGGGCAGGUCGCGCCAGACCUACACAGAGCUCAACUCAUGCUGCAAGACCAUCUCGCAAACUUCAGGACAGUAUCUGAGAUGCACACAUACGUUGUGAACAACGGCAGAGAUAUUCUUGCUAAGGUGGCUGGAUCAGAAGCUGUCUCAGUGUCCCGCGAUGAGAUCAAGCGCUUUUUAGAGGAGACGGAUGGACGAAAGGAGGAGUGGACGAGCUUGUGGGACUAUCACAAGAGCAAACUAGAGGAUAGCAUCAUGAUUUGCGAGUUCGAACAAGACAUAAGCAAGGUCAAUCUGUUGAUCGAGCAGAACAAUCGCGAUCUUAUCGCAUUAAAUCAGAAGUUUGGUGUUAAUCUUUUGGACUCCGUUACGCUACUUCAGGAAUCUGACGCUUUCUUAGAAUCUGUCAAGCCUACCGAUCGUGAGGUCCUCCGACUAGUGAACGAGUGCGACAGACUAAGCAAGGCAAAUCAUCCAGACGCACCCACUGUACAGCGACAGAUAGCAAGCAUGGAAACAAGGUGGAAACGCUUCCUGAGCCUAAUGGAGGAACAUCGCACCAUGCUUGAAGCCUCCAUCGAGUUUUAUCAACUAUACGAACAGGCUGCUACGUGGAUGAGUGACAGCGAACAUUUCCUGAACUCGACUAAAGAAGAAGCCCAAAAAUGUCGCUCAGAAGAAGAAGUCAUUGACUUGCUAGACCUUCUUGAAGGCUUCAUCAAACCUGGGCUGACAAAACAAGAGACAAGGCUUAAGAAGAUUGGGGAACUCUCAUCCAAGCUCGUGACAGCCAUGCCUAGAAAGAAAGCCAAAGAACUUGUGAGCAAGCAGCGACAGAUCUCGACCAAGUUUGAAUUGAUGGACAAUGAUUUGUACAGACUGGCAGAAAAGCUGCGAGAGAGAAAACGACUUGGGCUGCCGGAACAGGAGGAAGUAAUUCCGAGCAGCCUCGCAGAGUAUGAAGCACAGCUUGAGGAUACUCCUGAGGCAGCCAUCGAAGAAGAGACAAGACCGAUUACCACAACCCUGACCACCUUCCUGGACGGCGUCCUCGGGCGCAAGCGGCGAGGAGAUGCUGAAGCCUUUACCGAAGCUGGCGCAGGGAAGAGACCACAGGUCAUGGUCAGUAUUAAACCUGGACAGCCACUAAGGGCAGAUGCAGAGGCCAAAAUUGAACCAAUUAUAAAAUCCGAGAUUAAGGGUUGGUUCGAAGACGGAAAAGUUGUGGACAGACCUGCUGGCCUGGAAGACAUUAGACUACAUAUCAACGAGGAUGUACAGCGAGAGCCGGGGGAGGCUGCACUUGCUCCCUGGGGGGUCGAGGUGGUCAAACGGGAUGUCAGUGUGUCCAAGCUAGGGCCAUACACUCGCAAGGACAUAGAGGUGGAGACAGAUAUGUCUGUGCAUACAGGUCCAUCGGGUUUGGUGGAAGAUCCUGACAGCCCCUCUUUUACACGUAAGAGGACGUGGAAGACGACUACACGCGAGACGACCACGAGUGUACAGCAAGAAACAAGGACAGAAGUCGAGAUGCUUUCUGCCCAGAAACCCGACGCUGCAUCUAAUAUUAUCAUUUACGAUCAGGAUCGCCCGAGUGAACCUCUUGAGGUACAUGUAUUAUCACGUGUUGAGCUGCGGACAGGACCGGACGGACAGAGGCCCAGGAUAGAGGAGAUUGCCACCUCUGACGAUGACAUGAGAGUGGCAAAUGAGCAGAUUUGUCGAAGGAUCGAGGAUUCAUUACAGCCUGCCUCCAGAGUACCCCAUGAGCCAACAGAAAUAGUUAUACCGCAGUUUGCUGGACAGGCCCAUGUGUUUUCUGUUCCCGAUGAUGCAUAUGAGAAACCAGUCUCAGUGGGCUCAACUGCUGAGAUUGUACCUAAACGUGAACAAAUGGCCCCCGUUGAGUUCAAGAUCGAUAGACCAUAUGGCCAGACCACCGUCACUGAGGUACAACGGGAGGUUAUACAACCAACAGUCGGUACAACUGCUGAAAUCACGCCUAGUAGGGAAGGCAUGGCUCCAGUGGAAUUCAAGAUCGACAGACCAUAUGGCCAGACCACCGUCACUGAAGUACAACGAGAACAAAUACAGCCAACAGUCGGUACAACUGCUGAAAUCACGCCUAGUAGGGAAGGCAUGGCUCCAGUGGAAUUCAAGAUCGACAGGCCAUAUGGUGAGACCACCGUCACUGAGGUACAACGGGAGGUUAUACAACCAACAGUCGGUACAACUGCUGAAAUCACGCCUAGUAGGGAAGGCAUGGCUCCAGUGGAAUUCAAGAUCGACAGACCAUAUGGCCAGACCACCGUCACUGAAGUACAACGGGAGGUUAUACAGCCAACAGUCGGUACAACUGCUGAAAUCACGCCUAGUAGGGAAGGCAUGGCUCCAGUGGAAUUCAAGAUCGAUAGACCAUAUGGCCAGACCACCGUCACUGAAGUACAACGAGAACAAAUACAGCCAACAGUCGGUACAACUGCUGAAAUAACGCCUAGUAGGGAAGGCAUGGCUCCAGUGGAUUUCAAGAUCGACAGACCAUAUGGCCAGACCACCGUCACUGAAGUACAACGAGAACAAAUACAGCCAACAGUCGGUACAACUGCUGAAAUCCCGCCUAGUAGGGAAGGCAUGGCUCCAGUGGAAUUCAAGAUCGACAGACCAUAUGGCCAGACCACCGUCACUGAAGUACAACGAGAACAAAUACAGCCAACAGUCGGUACAACUGCUGAAAUCACGCCUAGUAGGGAAGGCAUGGCUCCAGUGGAAUUCAAGAUCGAUAGACCAUAUGGCCAGACCACCGUCACUGAAGUACAACGAGAACAAAUACAGCCAACAGUCGGUACAACUGCUGAAAUCACGCCCAGUAGGGAAGGCAUGGCUCCAGUGGAAUUCAAGAUCGACAGACCAUAUGGCCAGACCACCGUCACUGAAGUACAACGAGAACAAAUACAGCCAACAGUCGGUACAACUGCUGAAAUCACGCCCAGUAGGGAAUGCAUGGCUCCAGUGGAAUUCAAAGUGGACGGACCAGUGACAGAGACACCUCAAACCUUCGCUUUACGGAGACUGGAAGAACUGACGAGGAUGUUGAUCGAGAGCGAGGAAAGUUAUGCAGCAGAUCUUCAGUCUAUUGUAGAGAGUUACAUGAAUGAGAUGGAAAAUGCCCCACGUGAUAUAGCUGAAAACAAGGAGACCAUCUUUAUCAACAUUGAGGAUCUGUACUUCUUCCAUAAAGUGGUCAUGCUUGAAGAGUUACAGCAGCUGAAAGACACUCCAUCGCUUAUUGGCAAACCUUUUGUAUCGAGGGAGCCGACUCUUUACAAGUACGUAGAUUUCUGCGAUGCCAAGGAGGACUCCGAGCUGGUCCUUGCCUCGAGCUCUUCACAGUUCUUUGAGUUCUGUCAGAAACGUCACAAUGCCCGUCCUCUGACCACCCUGAUGCAGAGACCUUUAGAGAGACUUUUCGAAUACAAGCAGUUUAUGACGGAGAUGUUGACGGCUGCACAGGAGGCAGACGUUGACACAACCCACAUCCAGGAAGCUAGGGAUGUGCUCGAGCGACUUUGUGACGAAAUCCAUCGACAGACUGAGAUGCAGAUCACUGUCGGAGGAGGGCCAGGUGGAAUAGAGAUGUGUGUGGCCAUCCAAGACUUCGAGGACGAGUUCGGGGACUUCUCUCUCAAGAAGAAGGAGAGUGUGAUUGUUCUGGACAAAAUAUCCCGUCCUGGAAUGUACAAGGUAGUGCGGCUGCGCUCAGAUGGGUCCCGCGGUGAUGAGAUGUGGGUACCGCCCAACGUGCUGCAGAAGAAGAGAUCAACUGCUGAGAUCAUGAUGGGAGGUUAUAAGACUGAAGUUAGAGAAGCACCACAGGAACCAAUGGUCUACGAAGCUUCAAUUAACAUCCAAGAAACACUACCAACAGACAAACACCACCCAGAUAUACAACCACCAUUCUUUCAAAAACCUUUGAAAGACAAAGAGGUAAAGGAGGGCAAACCUUUCAAGCUCGAUGUUAAGAUCACGGCCUUGCCUGAGGCUAAUGUGAAAUGGCUGAAGGACGGAGAACCCCUCAAACCCGGUGACCAUUUUAAAACAGAGAGACACGGGGACACAUAUUUCCUCAUUAUACCCGAGGCCGAUGUCGAGGACGAGGGAAGAUACAGAUGCGAAGCUGUCAACAAUGCCGGACGAGCUUCUACUGAAGCCGACAUUCUUGUCGAAUCUGCUGAUGAAGGAAGUGAACCUGAAGAUGAGCCCCAACAAAUGGAACAGAGCACGAAAACGAUUGCCAUUGGUCAGGAGCCCCCAGCUGUAACACUGACCCUUGACGGAAAAGCAGGAUUCGACUUCCAAGCCGUAGAGCUAAAGAUACCUCACCCUGAUGAGAUAGCCGAGGAAGAUCUCCGUAUCGACGUAGAACAGACAGCGGCACUACCAAAGCCUAUCCCACCGGAGUUCAAGUCCGCACUGCGCGAUAUAGAAGUCAACGAAGGCAAUACCGUGACAUUGCGUAUUCAUGUCACUGGGUCUCCUAAACCAGAAGUUGAUUGGUUCAAGGAUGGAAAGCCGGUUUCUGGCUUGCCCCAUAGAAGGUUUGAGGUCGGAUGUGUUGGGGAAGUAUACACACUAGUGAUCAAGGAGGCAAGAGGAAGUGAUACAGGAAAAUAUUUGUGCAAGGCUUACAACAGUGCCGGAGAAGUCACAAGUUCUUGCAACGUUGAUGUUCUUCAUGUUGCCCCUAAGGAACCUCCGAAGUUUGAGCGCAAUCUAAAAGAUAUUACUAUCGCCGAAGGAUGCAGCACAAGAUUCGAUGUGCAGGUGACUGGCUCUCCUGAACCAAAAGUAUUUUGGUACCACAAUGGGAAACUUGUGCAGCCUCGUGACCAUGUCGAUAUCGUUCAUGAUGACGAGCACUCUUCGCUUAUAUUAAUGCAUUGUCCACUGGAUCUGUCGGGUAAAUAUACUUGUGUGGCGGAGAAUGAAGUCGGUCAGGUGCAGUCUGCGGCACGUUUGCACAUAACCGAACUUGCCAUACAACCAAAGUUUGCCGAGCGAUUGACAAAUGUCUCAAUUUCAUCUGGUGACACAAUCGUGCUAGAGUGCCGAGUGACUGGUAAACCGCGCCCUCAGGUGGCCUGGUUCAAGGACGAUAAAGAGAUCAGGCAGGAUUCCAGGUUUUCAUUUGAAACUCGUCCUGGGGACGUGUGUGUUCUGACGAUCCGGGGGGUCACUCCAGACGACGAGGGAUCGUAUAAAUGCAUUGCAACUAAUCCCGCAGGGCAAGACGACACUGUGGCGGAGCUGACAGUAGCGAAGAGAGGAAAUCCUCCUUUCUUUGUUAAAGAACUUGUUGACAUAGAUGUCACUGAAGGAGGCCAUGAAAGGUUUGAGGUAGUUGUUGAUGGAUACCCUAAACCUGAGAUUGACUGGUACAAAAACGAAAUCCUGAUUCGGCCAGGACCCAAGUUUGAUAUCAAGGAACACGGUGACCAUCAUACUCUCAUUGUAAAAGAUUGUCGACCUGAAGAAACGGGUAAACUGACUUGUAAGGCCAGAAAUAGUGCAGGUCAGGCAAUCUGCUCUUGCUUUGUGCAGAUCAACGAGAAAACUAUACCUCCCAAGAUAACACAGAGACUGCACGACCUUUCAAUCGAUGCAGGCAAGACAGUUAACCUUACGGUGAAGUUCUUCGGCACCCCUGAGCCUCUUGUCAAGUGGUUUAUGGACGAUGAGGAGAUCACAAAUGAAGAUGGCGUCGAUAUUGAAACGAGCCAUUGCACGUCAUCCCUUGUACUGGUGGGAGUUGAUACCCCAGAUACUGGAGACUACCGAUGUUUAGUUUUCAACCCUGCGGGCGAGGACAGUACUAAUUCUAAAAUUACCGUCAAAGGGGUUAAAAUUGAACCAGCAAUACAAGAGCCAGUGGAAGCUGUCUUGUCUCUUCCUCGGGGAGAAGCACCAAGUUUUACAAAAAAGAUAACAGAUAAACAAGUAGUAGAAAAUGAUGCAGUUAGACUAGAGGUGGAAGUUACAGGUGAGCCUAAGCCUGUUGUUUUAUGGUUUUGCGAGGGCAAGCCUAUUGAAGAAAACCGACGGGUAUACACCAUGCGCGAUGGUAGUACCUCAGUGCUUGUCAUUGAGAACGCUGAAUUGGACGAUGAAGCUAUGUAUACUUGUAAAGCUAUUAAUGACUUGGGUGAAGUAGAAUGUUCAAGCGAGAUGCUGGUCGAGGAAGCAUCUGUUAAACCGGAUUUCCUGAAAGAGCUGAGUACAAUUGAGAUUACUACCGAUAGCAAAGCUAUCUUUGAAGUGGAAAUUACAGGAAAGCCAGAACCAAAAGUAGAGUGGUUAAAGAACGAUGUUCUCAUUGAGUCCGGAGACCGUUUUGAGCCUCGAUCUGAUGGAACUGUUUAUACCCUUACCUUGCGUGGAAGUCGCCUUGAUGAUGAGGGCGAGAUCAAAUGCACUGCUACAAAUUCUGCGGGGACAGUCACCUCCAUGGCCAGUCUUAUUGUGCGAGAUAAACCAAGCGAGCAAACAGAGCUAUAUAUCAAGCCUGUAGGGCAGGAGCCCGUUGAAAUGCAGUUCCAAGUCCCAUUUGAAACAGAGCCGACUGAUGAAGCAGGCCCUAAAUUCCUUCAACGUCUAGAGCUGAAGGAAGUCGUUGAAGGAUCGCGUACAGAUCUAGAAGUAGAAGUGAGUGGAAAGCCAAAGCCUGUUGUGGAAUGGUUAAAAGACGGGGAGCUGGUAAAGCCAAGCUCACUGAUGACCUUGGAAACAGAAGGUCAAGUUCACACGUUAACAAUUAUGAAUACUACUCUAGAUGACGAGGGUGAGUACACGUGUAUCGCUAAAAACAAGGUUGGGGAAGUUUCCUGCACAGCUGAGCUUUUGGUAGAAGAAGGAAUGCGGCCACCACAAUUCAUCGUGAAGCCUAGCAGUUUACAGAUAAUGGAAGGUAAAAUGGCGAAGUUUGAGGCGCGUGUGUCUGGACUCCCUGGGCCUGAGGUUGAAUGGCUGAGAGAUGGAAGACCUAUUAAGCCGGGCAGGCGCUUCCAAAUAGAAUUUGAGAAAGAUCGAUCGGUCUUAACCAUCAUUGAUGCAAAGCUUAAUGACGAGGGAGAGUAUACUUGCGUUGCAACCAGCAAAGCAGGAAAAGACUCUUGCAGCGUAGAGCUACUUGUAGAUGAAGCUGUUGUCCCCCCUGAGUUUGUGCGUAAGAUCAGCAAUAUAGAAUUGACCGAGGGAGAGAUAGCGAGGUUCGAUGUCCGCAUAACGGGUACGCCUGCACCAGAGGUAACGUGGUACAAAGACGAAGUACCAAUCGAGGAUGGUGGUCGCUUUGAAAUCUAUUCGGACGAUGACAAGCACUCGCUUGUAAUUCGAGAUUGUGCGCUAAGUGAUACCGGAUCUUAUAGCUGUAAGGCUACGAACGAGGCCGGUCAGGCAUCCUGUUAUGGUGAACUUACUAUCACAUUUAUCCCUGUACCGCCACACUUCACGGAGGAGGCUCCUAAGAUACCAACUGACUUUGAAGAAGGUGGGGACAUAACUUUUGAAGCAACAGUCUCCGGACGGCCACGCCCUGAUGUUGAGUGGCACAAGGAUGAAGCACCAAUUUCAGAGAGCAGCCACUACCAUCUGCACAGGAGUAAUGACACCUACAGCUUAACCAUCCGUGGUGUAGGGCCAGAUGACUCUGGUGCUUACACAUGUACUGCAACCAACGAAUGCGGUAUGGCGAAGCGGACAUACAACAUAGACAUCGAAGCUAGCGAACCGAAAGGAAGCACUCCUCAGUUUAUUGAUUUGAUGCAGCCAGUUGAGGUUACGGAAGGUCAGACUGCAACUUUCGAAUGUACGGUAAAAGGAUAUCCACGUCCAAGCAUUGAAUGGUUUAAAAAUGGCUUACCCUUAAAAGAAAAUGAACGAAUUGCUUCCACAUAUGAAGGAGCUCUUAGUUCACUUACGAUCAAUCAAUGUACUAUUGACGACGAAGGAAACUACAAAUGUGUGGCACGCAAUAGUUUUGGGAAGGCGUCUUGUGCCACAGAGCUGCUUGUUGACGAAGCAGAUUCACCAGAAGAUCAAGUAUCGGGGAAAAUUAUGAAUUUUGACCGAGAGUUGAAACGCGAUUUUGAAGCUGAAGACCUGUUCAAUCCUAAAGUUCAAGUGGAAGUACAAAUGCCCCCUGAGGAGAAACGAGAGGUAACAUUAGAAUCCACAGCACAGCCAAAGCCCAAAGAGAAAGUGUCCCAGGAAACUAUGACACUUGGCGAGGAAAUCAAACUUGACUUCGAUGCCGGAGACUUGUCAAAUCCUAUAGUUCAAGUGGAAGUACAGAAACCUCCUGAGGAGAAACGAGAGGUGACAUUAGAAGUCACAGCUCAGCCAAAGCCCAAAGAGAAAGUAUCCCAGGAAACUAUGACACUUGGCGAGGAAAUCAAACUUGACUUUGAUGCUGGAGACUUAUCAAAUCCUAAAGCUCAAAUAAAAGUACAGAAGCCUUCUGAGGAGAAACGAGAGAUAACAUUAGAAUCCACAGUACAGCCAAAGCCCAAAGAGAAAGUAUCCCAUAAAACUAUGACACUUGGCGAGGAAACCAAACUUGACUUCGAUGCUGGAGACUUGUCAAAUCCUAAAGUUCAAGUGGAAGUGCUGAAGCCUCCUGAGGGGCAACGAGAGAUAACAUUAGAGUCGACAGAGCAAACAAAACCAGAGGGUAAACAAAAAUGGAAUCCACACCCUCCCGCGGAAGGUCCCCAAAGAAAUCCGUAUCGUCAAGAAUCCGAAGACAAACCUAAAUGGAACCCACACCCACCCGUGGAAGCUUCUAAAAGCAAUCCGAAUCCUCAAGAAACCGAAUUUAAAAGGAACCCACAUCCUCCACAGAAAGUCCUACAAAACCCCAAAGGCAACCCGUAUCCUCACGAGGCAGAGAUAAAGCCUAAAUGGAACCCCCAUCCCCCGGAAGAAAUGCCGGACAAGGCAAAACGAGAUUCGAGCUCUAUUCCAAUUGAAGUUGUAAGAGACAGCGACGAGGUCUCAUUUACAAUGAACACCCGCGGAACAGGAGUACAAAUAAUUGAUUCUGGUACAAUGAGAUUUGACACUGACUCUGUGUUAGAUGAUGACGAUGAAAGACCACAUUUUAUUGAUAAACAUUUCGAGACUGCCCCUGCAGAAGUUACUGAAGAAGGUGAUGUACGGCUAGAGGUUCGGGUAGGAGGACACCCCAAACCCUCGGUUCAAUGGUUGAAAGAUGAUGAGGUCAUUAUCAGUAGCCCGCAUUUCAUGGUCUCUUCACAUGCUGACGUGCACACAUUGGUUAUCAAUAGCCCGAACCAAGAUGAUAUCGGACAGUAUAAGGUCAUUGCAUCGAAUCACAGAGGAAUGGCUUCCAGAACAUUUGAUGUGAACGUUGAGGGUGCAAAUGAUGAAAUGAGGGCGUCAUUUGUUGAUAUGGAGGACAGGGGGCCUUUGUCUAUCACAGAGGAUGGCGAUCUGGUUCUUGAAGUUAAAAUAAAAGGCGAACCAUUGCCAGACGUUCGAUGGUACAAGGAUGAUGUUCCUUUGGAUGAAACCCGCCGCAUAAAGAUCGAUGCAGAAGGUGAUAUCCAAAUCGUUACCAUUAAAGAUGCUAACAAGGAGGACUCGGGUGUUUACAAAUGUGAGAUCACCAAUGACUUUGGCACAGCGAUUCGUCGGUUCUCUAUUGAUGUAGAGUCAGUUAUGCCAAAACUUCAAGGAUUUGUCAAGAGAGAUGAGGAUUUCCCUCAGUUUGUGAACGUGGAAGGAGUUUCACCAUUUGAGGUGACAUCCGAAGGGGAUAUAAAGCUUCAAACACGUGUUACCGGUUUCCCAGAGCCAGACGUGUCAUGGUUCAAAGAUGGAAUUCCAGUUGUCCCCAAUGAACACAUUGUUUAUCACAUCAGGGACGAUGUACACAUACUGAUCAUCAAGUCACCCACGCCUCUUUACGCAGGUACCUACAAGUGUGUCGCCACCAACCGGCGUGGGACGAACAGCAGGGACUUUGAAGUGACCAUUGAGACUGGAGAGGCCGCUGAACACAUCACAUUCCAGCAAGAUGAGGAAACUGUCAGGGCACAGUUUAUCGAGAAAGGGCCAUAUGCACCUGUUCCUUUCGAAAUUACAGAAGAGGGCGAUGUAAAACUCCAAGUAAGGAUAUGCGGAAUUCCCUUUCCUGAAAUCGAUUGGUUUAAAGAUGGUCGCCAUCUCUCGCCAGACGAUCACAUAAAGAUAACAAGCGAUGACGAUCUAUACACUUGCCUGAUCAGACAGCCUACCAUAAAAGAUACCGGCAAGUACAAAUGUAUAAUCAAGAACAUUGCUGGCAAAGCCACAAGAACAUUUGAUGUUGAUAUUGAAGCCGUCAAACCGAGCCGCCAUGUGAGGGGACAAUUAAGUGAACAUCUUAUUUUGCCAAAGUUUAUCGAUGUCACUGAGGUCUCACCUUAUCGAGUGAGCUACGAUGGAGACUUCACCCUUACUGUAAAGCUGUCAGGUUCUGGAGAUGUUCAGUGGAUGAAAGAUGGAGAGGUAAUUGAAGAUAGCAAGCGAUAUGUAAUUCGUCAGGAUGAUGAUCUGCACAUGCUUACCAUCUUAGGAGCCACAGAGGAUGACCUUGGAACCUAUAAAUGCGUCGUGACAAACAAGGCAGGUUUUGACACUAGAUCCUUUGAUAUAGGACUGGAGGAUUUGAGACCCCAUACCUUUGCAUACGAGCCGUCAGAACUUGUGGCACCUUAUUACCUCGAAGACGGCGUAACUGCAUUUCAAAUGACCGAUGCUGGAGAUGUAAAAUUAACUGUCAGGGUUCGAGGGAAGCCUAAACCAACAGUCAAAUGGACAAAAAAUGACGAGCCUGUGGUUCCAAGCUCCCACUUCAGCGUGUUAAUGGAAGAUGAUGUUUUUUCACUGCUCAUAAGAAAACCAAGCAAAACAGACAAAGGCGUUUACAAGGUGAUAGCCACAAACGAAGGAGGAAUUAACACGAAACGAUUCAAUGUUGACAUUGAGUGGGAUGAAACGACGACUACACGAGUGGUAGAUGACCGAGAAGCACCUCGAUUUUUAGACGAUGGUAUAUCUUCGUAUGAAUUUACGUCAGGAGGAGACGUCAAAUUGACAGUCAAAGUAACAGGAAGACCUUAUCCAACAGUGACUUGGAGCCGAGAUGAUAAAGAUAUCAAGCCAGACGAUACGUUUCACAUGUUUAGUGAUGACGAGGUCCAUUACCUGCUGAUAAAGAAUCCUGCAGAGAACCAAGGCAGCUACAAAUGUACUAUUGCCAAUGAAGCUGGUGUAAGAGCCAAACACUUUGAUCUUGAUGUCGACUGGCAAGGACCUGCGCCCGGUCACCCAUACGUAUUCUCAUCAAAAAAAGAUGACUGGCACAUUUUCUGUGACGAUAAUGAAGAUACGGCUCCUUUUAAAUUCACGUCAGAGGGUGAUGUUACAAUGACAGUGAAAACCAAAGGCAGGCCAACUAUCACUUGGAUGAAGGACGAAAAGAUUAUCACUCAAGACAACAAGUUUUUGUUUACUGAGGAUGAUGGUAUUUAUUCGCUAACAGUUGUAAAACCAACAGAAGAGGACAGGGGCUUGUACACGUGUAUUGCCGAGACCACGGAUGGUAGAAGUGAGAGAAGGUUCGAUCUAAGAGUAGAGGAUGAUGAUACUUCCACCACAAUCCUCAUGGAUCUGGUAAGGCCAACAUUCGUUAAAGACGACGACAUGGUCCCUUUUCAGCUGACAGAAGAAGGUGACGUGAAACUUAUGGUUAGAGUGGCUGGUAAACCAAAGCCAACCGUCACUUGGACAAAAGACAGCAAACCUAUCACCGAGACUGACCAUAUCCAAGUGUCAGUUUAUGAUGACACAUACACCUUAAUUAUCAAGUCACCAACUGACAAAGAUGAAGGAAUCUACAAAUGCACGGCAAGUAACAGUGUUGGGACCAGUUCUCAAAUGUUUGACGUGGAUAUUAAAGGCACAGAUUGGAUGUUGAAGAGCAAAGAUGACGACUUUCCUUCUUUUGUUGAUGAAGAUGAUGUUGAAGCUUUUGAAAUGACGGACGAGGGAAGCAUUCGGAUGACAGUCAUUGUUCGAGGAAAGCCCAAACCUGAGGUAAAGUGGUCAAAAGACGAUAAGCCGCUUACUCCAAAUAGCAACAUUGUGAUGGAAGAGAUGGAUGAUACUUAUACUCUGGUAAUCAAAUCACCAUCAUCAGACGAUAGAGGGACGUACAAAUGUACAGCAGUGAACCGUGCUGGCACAAAUAUCCGAUCUUUUGUCGUCAAUGUGAACACCGAAGAUAGUACACAGAGAGAUCAAAGGCAAAUGGUUAUCAGAAAAGACGAGGGUUCUAUAACGUUCGAAGAUGUACCAGGCAACAUAAUUCGACCGAAAUUCACUGAAGAUGGCUCUUUCGUCCCAUUUCAAAGUACGAAUGAAGGUGACAUCAAGCUUACUGUAAAAGUGAAAGGGGAACCGGAGCCUGUAGUGACAUGGACUAAAGAUGACAAGACUGUUCAUACGUUUCCUAAUAUUGUUAUAGACCGUCAAGAUGACACACACACACUUACCAUAAGAGAACCGUCACCUAAUGACACGGGGUCUUAUAAAUGCACCAUAAGCAGUGAUUAUGGUAGGUCAACAAGGACAUUCAACGUCGAAAUUGACAGUGACAUGCCAGAACCAGCACAACCAGAUUACCCUAAAGUUGAGCCUUUCCAUGAAAAGCCACUUUCAGAAGAAACGAUGUCUGUUACAAAGAUUUUACAAGAUGAAAAGGCUUUAGAACCAGCGAGGCCAGAAAAGAAUAUCAUUGAAGACGUUCUAUCCAAACCCAAACAGGAACCCAUAUUUAUAGAGACUGAUGAAGUAAAACCAUUCGAGGUUACAGAGGAAGGUGAUAUCAAAAUGACUGUUAAAGUGACAGGCAAACCGAAACCGUCAGUUGAAUGGCUUCAAGAUGAUAGACCUGUGUUGUCGGAUAGCCAUAUCAAAAUGACUGAAGAAGAUGACAUCUACUCAUUGACUAUCAGAGAACCAACAAAAAGCGACGAGGGCAUGUACACGGUUAAGAUAACUAAUGAUGUUGGUUCAGGAACGCGGACAUUUGAUGUGAAAGUUGAAGAUACAACGACUAGUUUAUUUGAGGGCACUGUGAGACCCAAGUUCAUUGAAGAUGACUCGUUUGUUCCAUUUGAAAGUACGGAAGAAGGGAAUGUGCGACUUUCCGUGAAAAUAACUGGGAAACCAGUGCCUGAGGUCUCUUGGACAAAAGACGAAAAGCCGGUUCAUAAGAUCCAAAAUAUAAGACUUGACCACCAAGAAGACAUUUACACUCUUACAAUUCGAGAAGCAACACCAAAUGACUCUGGAUCCUACAAAUGUACUUUAACCAAUGACGCGGGCAAGUCUACUAGAACGUUUAGUGUCGAAAUAGAAGGUGAAACAAAACCAGUAAAGGGAAAACCUACAGAACGUGAGGGUAAGCCUCUUGAAGAAGAAGAGUUGCCAGUAUCGGCUGAGACGGAAGUUGAGGUUAAGCCUUUAGUGGAAACCAUCACUCGUAAAGAAAUAAAGGUUGAGGAAGUAAAACCAAAGAAGGGAAAACCCACGGAACGUGAAGCGAAGCCUUUUGAAGAAAAGCCCUUGAUAGAGGAAGAACUGCCAAUAUCGGCUGAAAAGGUUGUUGAGGAAAAGCCUUUAGAGAAACCGAUCGCUCGCAAAGAAAAGAAGGUUGAGAAAGUAAAACCAAAGAAGGAAAAACCUACGGAACGUGAAGCAAAGCCUCUUGAAGAAAAGCAUUUGGUUGAAGAAAAAGAGUUGCCAGUAUCGGCUGAAAAGGUUGUUGAGGAAAAGCCUUUAGAGAAACCGAUCACUCGUAAGGAAGAGAAGGUGGAGGAAGUUAAACCAAAGAAGGAGAAACCUACGGAACGUGAAGCAAAGCCUCUUGAAGAAAAGCCUUUGCUUAAAGAAAAAGAGUUGCCUGUAUCGGCUGAAAAGGCUAUUGAGGAAAAGCCUUUAGAGAAACCGAUCACUCGUGAAGAAAAGAAGGUGGAGGAAUUAAAACCAAAGAAGGAAAAACCUACGGAGCGCGAAGCUAAGCCUCUUAAAGAAAAGCCUUUGGUUGAAGAAAAAGAGUUGCCAGUAUCGGCUGUACAGACUGUAGAGGAAAAGCCUUUAGAGAAACCGAUCGCUUGCAAAGAAAAGAAGGUGGAGGAAGUAAAACCAAAGAAGGAGAAACCUACGGAGCGUGAAGCUAAGCCUCUUGAAGAAAAGCCUUUUAUAGAGGAAGAGCUGCGAGUAUCGGCUGAAAAGGCUGUUGAGGAAAAGCCUUUAGAGAAACCGACCGCUCGCAAAGAAAAGAAGGUGGAGGAAGUUAAACCAAAGAAGGAAAAACCUACGGAACGUGAGGCUAAGCAUCUCGAAGAAAAGCCUUUGGUUGAAGAAAAAGAGUUGCCAGUAUCGGCCGAGAAGGUUGUUGACGAAAAGCCUUUAGAGAAACCGAUCGCUCGUAAGGAAAAGAAGGUGGAGGAAGUAAAACCAAAGAAGGAAAAACCUACGGAACGUGAAGCAAAGCCUCUUGAGGAUAAGCCUUUGGUCGAAAAAGAUGAGUUACCAGUAUCGGCCGAGAAGGUUGUUGAAGAAAAGCCUUUAGAGAAACCGAUCACUCGUAAGGAAAAAAAGGUGGAGGAAGUUAAACCAAAGAAGGAAAAACCUACAAAGCGCGAAGCUAAGCCUCUUAAAGAAAAGCUUUUGGUUGAAGAAAAAGAGUUGCCAGUAUCGGCUGAAAAGGCUGUUGAGGAAAAAGAGUUGCCGGUAUCGGCUGAGAAGGCUGUUGAGGAAAAGCUUUUAGAGAAACCGAUCACUCGUAGGGAAAAGGAGGUGGAGGAAGUUAAACCAAAGAAGGAAAAACCUACGGAACGUGAAGCAAAGCCUCUUGAGGAAAAGCCUUUGGUUGAAGAAAAAGAGUUGCCAGUAUCGGCUGGACAGGCUGUUGAGGAAAAGCCUUUAGAGAAACCAAUCACUCGUAAAGAAAAGAAGAUGGAGGAAGUAAAACCAAAGAAGGAAAAACCUACGGAGCGCGAGGCUAAGCCUCUCGAAGAAAAGCCUUUGAUAGAGGAAGAGCUGCGAGUAUCGGCUGAAAAGGCUGUUGAGGAAAAGCCUUUAGAGAAACCGAUCACUCGUAAAGAAAAGAAGGUGGAGGAAGUUAAACCGAAGAAGGAGAAACCUACGGUGCGUGAAGCUAAGCCUCGUGAAGUAAAGCCUUUGGUUGAAGAAAAAGAGUUGCCAGUAUCGGCCGAAAAGGCUGUAGAGGAAGAGCCUUUAGAGAAACCGAUCACUGGUAAAGAAAAGAAGGUGGAGGAAGUAAAACCGAAGAAGGAGAAACCUACGGAACGUCGAGCUAAGCCUCUUGAAGAAAAGCCUUUGGUUGAAGAAAAAGAGUUGCCAGUAUCGGCCGAAAAGGCUGUUGAAGAAAAAGAGUUGCCAGUAUCGGCUAAAAAGGCUGUUGAGGAAAAGCCUUUAGAGAAACCGAUCACUCGUGAAGAAAAGAAGGUGGAGGAAUUAAAACCGAAGAAGGAGAAAGCUACGGAGCGUGAAGCUAAGCCUCGUGAAGUAAAACCUUUCGUUGAAGAAAAAGAGUUGCCAGUAUCGGCUGGACAGGCUGUAGAGGAAAAGCCUUUAGAGAAACCGAUCGCUCGCAAAGAAAAGAAGGUGGAGGAAGUAAAACCAAAGAAGGAAAAACCUACGGAACUUGAGACUAAGCCUCUCGAAGAAAAGCCUUUGAUAGAGGAAGAGCUGCGAGUAUCGGCUGAAAAGGCUGUUGAGGAAAAGCCUUUAAAGAAACCGAUCGCUCGCAAAGAAAAGGAGGUGGAAGAAGUUAAACCAAAGAAGGAAAAACCUACGGAGCGUGAAGCUAAGCCUCUUAAAGAAAAGCAUUUGGUUGAAGAAAAAGAGUUGCCAGUAUCGUCUGAAAAGGCUGUUGAGGAAAAGCCUUUAGAGAAACCGAUCACUCGUAAAGAAAAGAAGAUGGAGGAAGUUAAGCCAAAGAAGGAAAAACCUACGGAGCGUGAAGCUAAGCCUCUUGAAGAAAAGCCUUUGGUUGAAGAAAAAGAGUUGCCAGUAUCGGCUGAAAAGGCUGUUGAGGAAAAGCCUUUAGAGAAACCGAUCACUCGUAAAGAAAAGAAGGUAGAGGAAGUAAAACCGAAGAAGGAGAAACCUACGGAGCGUGAAGCUAAGCCUCGUGAAGUAAAACCUUUCGUUGAAGAAAAAGAGUUGCCAGUAUCGGCUGGACAGGCUGUAGAGGAAAAGCCUUUAGAGAAACCGAUCGCUCGUAAAGAAAAGAAGGUGGAGGAAGUUAAACCGAAGAAGGAAAAACCUACGGAACUUGAGACUAAGCCUCUCGAAGAAAAGCCUUUGAUAGAGGAAGAGCUGCGAGUAUCGGCUGAAAAGGCUGUUGAGGAAAAGCCUUUAGAGAAACCGACCGCUCGCAAAGAAAAGAAGGUUGAGGAAGUUAAACCGAAGAAGGAAAAACCUACGGAACUUGAGACUAAGCCUCUCGAAGAAAAGCCUUUGGUUCAAGAAGAUGAGUUACAAGUAUCUGCUAAAAAGGCUGUAGAGGAAAAGCCUUUAGAGAAACCGAUCGCUCGCAAAGAAAAGAAGGUGGAGGAAGUUAAGCCAAAGAAGGAAAAACCUACGGAGCGCGAAGCUAAGCCUCUUAAAGAAAAGCCUUUGAUAGAGGAAGAGCUGCGAGUAUCGGCUAAAAAGGCUGUUGAGGAAAAGCCUUUAAAGAAACUGAUCGCUCGCAAAGAAAAGGAGGUGGAAGAAGUUAAACCAAAGAAGGCAAAACCUACGGAGCGUGAAGCUAAGCCUCGUGAAGAAAAGCCUUUGGUUGAAGAAAAAGAGUUGCCAGUAUCGGCUGAAAAGGCUGUUGACGAAAAGCCUUUAGAGAAACCGAUCACUCGUAAAGAAAAGAAGAUGGAGGAAGUUAAGCCAAAGAAGGAAAAACCUACGGAGCGUGAAGCUAAGCCUCUUGAAGAAAAGCCUUUGGUUGAAGAAAAAGAGUUGCCAGUAUCGGCUGAAAAGGCUGUAGAGGAAGAGCCUUUAGAGAAACCGAUCACUCGUAAAGAAAAGAAGGUGGAGGAAGUAAAACCGAAGAAGGAGAAACCUACGGAACGUGGAGCUAAGCCUCUUGCAGAAAAGCCUUUCGUUGAAGGAGAAGAGUUGACAGUUUUGGCAGAAGAGUCUAUUAAGAAAAUGACUUUUGAGAAAUUGACUACUCGUGAAGAAAAAGUGGUAGAGGAAAUGAAACCAAAAGAAGAAAAGAAUCCUGAGAAAGUUCAAGGAAAAGAAAAGGGGCCUGUUCCAGAAGAGCAGGUUAUGCCUACUAAAGUUAAACCUGUAGAGACCAAAGUUGACAAACCAAGGCAAAUUGAAGAGGUGGAUGCAAUGCUAAAGGAGGAACCUACAUUCCUUGAGUCUGAUGAAAUCAAACCUUUCGAGGUAACCGAGGAAGGCGACAUCAAAAUGACUGUUCAGGUGACAGGCAAGCCACAGCCGUCAGUAGAAUGGCUGAAAAAUGAUGCCCCAGUUUCGCCGGAUGAGCAUAUUACAAUCACUGAGGAAGAUGACACAUAUUCACUGGUUAUCAAAGAACCAACGAAAAACGACGAAGGAACUUACACAGUCGAGGUGUCUAAUGAAGUAGGGUUAGGAAGACGGACGUUUGAUGUGUCUGUGGACGAGACAAGGAAGACAAUCCACAAGGACAGUGUUAAACCCAAAUUUAUUGAAGAUGGUUCUUUUGUUCCAUUCCAAAGUACAGAUGAAGGCGAUGUGCGGCUCACUGUGAAAGUUACAGGAAAACCAGAACCUGAAGUGACGUGGACGAAAGAUGGCAAGCCAGUGGAUAAGCUCCCAAAUGUAGAGCUAGAUCAUCAAGAAGACAGAUACAUUCUGACCAUUCGGGAAGCUUCACCCGAUGACUCCGGCUCCUAUAGAUGCACUUUGACUAGUGAUGUUGGCAAGUCUACUAGAACUUUUAGUGUUGAUAUUGAAAGCGAAGGACCUGCACCAAAAGAGUCUGAAAAGAGAAAGCCACGGAAGGGUGAGGAACGGCCGAAGUUUGUGUCAGAUAGCACCGUUGAAGAAUUUAAGAUCACUGAUGAGGGGGAACUAAGGCUGACCGUUAAAGUUACUGGAAAACCUUUUCCAGAAGUUGAGUGGACAAAAGAUGACAAAGACUUGAAAGAAGAUGAUCGAGUUAUCAUUUCAGAGCAGGAUGAUGGAAUUGUCGUACUGAGAAUAAAAGAUGUUGGUGCCCACGACUCGGGAGUGUACAAAUGCCAAGUUUCCAGUGAUGUCGGAACCAGCACAAAGUCGUUUGAUGUGACCAUCGAGGGCGAGCGCAGAAAGGCGAAGAAGUUAAUUGAGGUCGAUGAGACAGAACACCUUGAGAAAAGAAUUAAGCAUGUAAAAGAACCUGUUCCAGAAGAGCAGGUUAUGCCUGCUAAAGUUAAACCUGUAGAGACCAAAGUUGACAAACCAAGGCAAAUUGAAGAGGUGGAUGCAAUGCUAAAGGAGGAACCUACAUUCCUUGAGUCUGAUGAAAUCAAACCUUUCGAGGUAACCGAGGAAGGCGACAUCAAAAUGACUGUUCAGGUGACAGGCAAGCCACAGCCGUCAGUAGAAUGGCUGAAAAAUGAUGCCCCAGUUUCGCCGGAUGAGCAUAUUACAAUCACUGAGGAAGAUGACACAUAUUCACUGGUUAUCAAAGAACCAACGAAAAACGACGAAGGAACUUACACAGUCGAGGUGUCUAAUGAAGUAGGGUUAGGAAGACGGACGUUUGAUGUGUCUGUGGACGAGACAAGGAAGACAAUCCACAAGGACGGUGUUAAACCCAAAUUUAUUGAAGAUGGUUCUUUUGUUCCAUUCCAAAGUACAGAUGAAGGCGAUGUGCGGCUCACUGUGAAAGUUACAGGAAAACCAGAACCUGAAGUGACGUGGACGAAAGAUGGCAAGCCAGUGGAUAAGCUCCCAAAUGUAGAGCUAGAUCAUCAAGAAGACAGAUACAUUCUGACCAUUCGGGAAGCUUCACCCGAUGACUCCGGCUCCUAUAGAUGCACUUUGACUAGUGAUGUUGGCAAGUCUACUAGAACUUUUAGUGUUGAUAUUGAAAGCGAAGGACCUGCACCAAAAGAGUCUGAAAAGAGAAAGCCACGGAAGGGUGAGGAACGGCCGAAGUUUGUGUCAGAUAGCACCGUUGAAGAAUUUAAGAUCACUGAUGAGGGGGAACUAAGGCUGACCGUUAAAGUUACUGGAAAACCUUUUCCAGAAGUUGAGUGGACAAAAGAUGACAAAGACUUGAAAGAAGAUGAUCGAGUUAUCAUUUCAGAGCAGGAUGAUGGAAUUGUCGUACUGAGAAUAAAAGAUGUUGGUGCCCACGACUCGGGAGUGUACAAAUGCCAAGUUUCCAGUGAUGUCGGAACCAGCACAAAGUCGUUUGAUGUGACCAUCGAGGGCGAGCGCAGAAAGGCGAAGAAGUUAAUUGAGGUCGAUGAGACAGAACACCUUGAGAAAAGAAUUAAGCAUGUAAAAGAACCUGUUCCAGAAGAGCAGGUUAUGCCUGCUAAAGUUAAACCUGUAGAGACCAAAGUUGACAAACCAAGGCAAAUUGAAGAGGUGGAUGCAAUGCUAAAAGAGGAACUUACAUUCCUUGAGUCUGAUGAAAUCAAACCUUUCGAGGUAACCGAGGAAGGUGACAUCAAAUUGACUGUUCAGGUGACAGGCAAGCCACAGCCGUCAGUAGAAUGGCUGAAAGAUGAUGUCCCAGUUUCGCCGGAUGAGCAUAUAACAAUCACUGAGGAAGAUGACACAUAUUCACUGGUUAUCAAAGAACCAACAAAAAAAGACGAAGGAACUUACACAGUCGAGGUGUCCAAUGAAGCAGGGUUAGGAAGACGGACGUUUGAUGUGUCUGUGGACGACACAAGGAAGACAAUACCCAAGGACGCUGUUAAACCCAAAUUUAUUGAAGAUGGUUCUUUUGUUCCAUUCCAAAGUACAGAUGAAGGCGAUGUGCGGCUCACUGUGAAAGUUACAGGAAAACCAGAACCUGAAGUGACGUGGACGAAAGAUGGCAAGCCAGUGGAUAAGCUCCCAAAUGUAGAGCUAGAUCAUCAAGAAGACAGAUACAUUCUGACCAUUCGGGAAGCUUCACCUGAUGACUCCGGCUCCUAUAGAUGCACUUUGACUAGUGAUGUUGGCAAGUCUACUAGAACUUUUAGUGUUGAUAUUGAAAGCGGAGGACCUGCACCAAAAGAGUCUGAAAAGAGAAAGCCACGGAAGGGUGAGGAACGGCCGAAGUUUGUGUCAGAUAGCACCGUUGAAGAAUUUAAGAUCACUGAUGAGGGGGAACUAAGGCUGACCGUUAAAGUUACUGGAAAACCUUUUCCAGAAGUUGAGUGGACAAAAGAUGACAAAGACUUGAAAGAAGAUGAUCGAGUUAUCAUUUCAGAGCAGGAUGAUGGAAUUGUCGUACUGAGAAUAAAAGAUGUUGGUGCCCACGACUCGGGAGUGUACAAAUGCCAAGUUUCCAGUGAUGUCGGAACCAGCACAAAGUCGUUUGAUGUGACCAUCGAGGGCGAGCGCAGAAAGGCGAAGAAGUUAAUUGAGGUCGAUGAGACAGAACACCUUGAGAAAAGAAUUAAGCAUGUAAAAGAACCUGUUCCAGAAGAGCAGGUUAUGCCUGCUAAAGUUAAACCUGUAGAGACCAAAGUUGACAAACCAAGGCAAAUUGAAGAGGUGGAUGCAAUGCUAAAAGAGGAACCUACAUUCCUUGAGUCUGAUGAAAUCAAACCUUUCGAGGUAACCGAGGAAGGUGACAUCAAAUUGACUGUUCAGGUGACAGGCAAGCCACAGCCGUCAGUAGAAUGGCUGAAAGAUGAUGUCCCAGUUUCGCCGGAUGAGCAUAUAACAAUCACUGAGGAAGAUGACACAUAUUCACUGGUUAUCAAAGAACCAACAAAAAAAGACGAAGGAACUUACACAGUCGAGGUGUCCAAUGAAGCAGGGUUAGGAAGACGGACGUUUGAUGUGUCUGUGGACGACACAAGGAAGACAAUACCCAAGGACGCUGUUAAACCCAAAUUUAUUGAAGAUGGUUCUUUUGUUCCAUUCCAAAGUACAGAUGAAGGCGAUGUGCGGCUCACUGUGAAAGUUACAGGAAAACCAGAACCUGAAGUGACGUGGACGAAAGAUGGCAAGCCAGUGGAUAAGCUCCCAAAUGUAGAGCUAGAUCAUCAAGAAGACAGAUACAUUCUGACCAUUCGGGAAGCUUCACCCGAUGACUCCGGCUCCUAUAGAUGCACUUUGACUAGUGAUGUUGGCAAGUCUACUAGAACUUUUAGUGUUGAUAUUGAAAGCGGAGGACCUGCACCAAAAGAGUCUGAAAAGAGAAAGCCACGGAAGGGUGAGGAACGUCCGAAGUUUGUGUCAGAUAGCACCGUUGAAGAAUUUAAGAUCACUGAUGAGGGGGAACUAAGGCUGACCGUUAAAGUUACUGGAAAACCUUUUCCAGAAGUUGAGUGGACAAAAGAUGACAAAGACUUGAAAGAAGAUGAUCGAGUUAUCAUUUCAGAGCAGGAUGAUGGAAUUGUCGUACUGAGAAUAAAAGAUGUUGGUGCCCACGACUCGGGAGUGUACAAAUGCCAAGUUUCCAGUGAUGUCGGAACCAGCACAAAGUCGUUUGAUGUGACCAUCGAGGGCGAGCGCAGAAAGGCGAAGAAGUUAAUUGAGGUCGAUGAGACAGAACACCUUGAGAAAAGAAUUAAGCAUGUAAAAGAACCUGUUCCAGAAGAGCAGGUUAUGCCUGCUAAAGUUAAACCUGUAGAGACCAAAGUUGACAAACCAAGGCAAAUUGAAGAGGUGGAUGCAAUGCUAAAAGAGGAACCUACAUUCCUUGAGUCUGAUGAAAUCAAACCUUUCGAGGUAACCGAGGAAGGUGACAUCAAAUUGACUGUUCAGGUGACAGGCAAGCCACAGCCGUCAGUAGAAUGGCUGAAAGAUGAUGUCCCAGUUUCGCCGGAUGAGCAUAUAACAAUCACUGAGGAAGAUGACACAUAUUCACUGGUUAUCAAAGAACCAACAAAAAAAGACGAAGGAACUUACACAGUCGAGGUGUCCAAUGAAGCAGGGUUAGGAAGACGGACGUUUGAUGUGUCUGUGGACGACACAAGGAAGACAAUACCCAAGGACGCUGUUAAACCCAAAUUUAUUGAAGAUGGUUCUUUUGUUCCAUUCCAAAGUACAGAUGAAGGCGAUGUGCGGCUCACUGUGAAAGUUACAGGAAAACCAGAACCUGAAGUGACGUGGACGAAAGAUGGCAAGCCAGUGGAUAAGCUCCCAAAUGUAGAGCUAGAUCAUCAAGAAGACAGAUACAUUCUGACCAUUCGGGAAGCUUCACCCGAUGACUCCGGCUCCUAUAGAUGCACUUUGACUAGUGAUGUUGGCAAGUCUACUAGAACUUUUAGUGUUGAUAUUGAAAGCGAAGGACCUGCACCAAAAGAGUCUGAAAAGAGAAAGCCACGGAAGGGUGAGGAACGGCCGAAGUUUGUGUCAGAUAGCACCGUUGAAGAAUUUAAGAUCACUGAUGAGGGGGAACUAAGGCUGACCGUUAAAGUUACUGGAAAACCUUUUCCAGAAGUUGAGUGGACAAAAGAUGACAAAGACUUGAAAGAAGAUGAUCGAGUUAUCAUUUCAGAGCAGGAUGAUGGAAUUGUCGUACUGAGAAUAAAAGAUGUUGGUGCCCACGACUCGGGAGUGUACAAAUGCCAAGUUUCCAGUGAUGUCGGAACCAGCACAAAGUCGUUUGAUGUGACCAUCGAGGGCGAGCGCAGAAAGGCGAAGAAGUUAAUUGAGGUCGAUGAGACAGAACACCUUGAGAAAAGAAUUAAGCAUGUAAAAGAACCUGUUCCAGAAGAGCAGGUUAUGCCUGCUAAAGUUAAACCUGUAGAGACCAAAGUUGACAAACCAAGGCAAAUUGAAGAGGUGGAUGCAAUGCUAAAAGAGGAACCUACAUUCCUUGAGUCUGAUGAAAUCAAACCUUUCGAGGUAACCGAGGAAGGUGACAUCAAAUUGACUGUUCAGGUGACAGGCAAGCCACAGCCGUCAGUAGAAUGGCUGAAAGAUGAUGUCCCAGUUUCGCCGGAUGAGCAUAUAACAAUCACUGAGGAAGAUGACACAUAUUCACUGGUUAUCAAAGAACCAACAAAAAAAGACGAAGGAACUUACACAGUCGAGGUGUCCAAUGAAGCAGGGUUAGGAAGACGGACGUUUGAUGUGUCUGUGGACGACACAAGGAAGACAAUACCCAAGGACGCUGUUAAACCCAAAUUUAUUGAAGAUGGUUCUUUUGUUCCAUUCCAAAGUACAGAUGAAGGCGAUGUGCGGCUCACUGUGAAAGUUACAGGAAAACCAGAACCUGAAGUGACGUGGACGAAAGAUGGCAAGCCAGUGGAUAAGCUCCCAAAUGUAGAGCUAGAUCAUCAAGAAGACAGAUACAUUCUGACCAUUCGGGAAGCUUCACCCGAUGACUCCGGCUCCUAUAGAUGCACUUUGACUAGUGAUGUUGGCAAGUCUACUAGAACUUUUAGUGUUGAUAUUGAAAGCGAAGGACCUGCACCAAAAGAGUCUGAAAAGAGAAAGCCACGGAAGGGUGAGGAACGGCCGAAGUUUGUGUCAGAUAGCACCGUUGAAGAAUUUAAGAUCACUGAUGAGGGGGAACUAAGGCUGACCGUUAAAGUUACUGGAAAACCUUUUCCAGAAGUUGAGUGGACAAAAGAUGACAAAGACUUGAAAGAAGAUGAUCGAGUUAUCAUUUCAGAGCAGGAUGAUGGAAUUGUCGUACUGAGAAUAAAAGAUGUUGGUGCCCACGACUCGGGAGUGUACAAAUGCCAAGUUUCCAGUGAUGUCGGAACCAGCACAAAGUCGUUUGAUGUGACCAUCGAGGGCGAGCGCAGAAAGGCGAAGAAGUUAAUUGAGGUCGAUGAGACAGAACACCUUGAGAAAAGAAUUAAGCAUGUAAAAGAACCUGUUCCAGAAGAGCAGGUUAUGCCUGCUAAAGUUAAACCUGUAGAGACCAAAGUUGACAAACCAAGGCAAAUUGAAGAGGUGGAUGCAAUGCUAAAAGAGGAACCUACAUUCCUUGAGUCUGAUGAAAUCAAACCUUUCGAGGUAACCGAGGAAGGUGACAUCAAAUUGACUGUUCAGGUGACAGGCAAGCCACAGCCGUCAGUAGAAUGGCUGAAAGAUGAUGUCCCAGUUUCGCCGGAUGAGCAUAUAACAAUCACUGAGGAAGAUGACACAUAUUCACUGGUUAUCAAAGAACCAACAAAAAAAGACGAAGGAACUUACACAGUCGAGGUGUCCAAUGAAGCAGGGUUAGGAAGACGGACGUUUGAUGUGUCUGUGGACGACACAAGGAAGACAAUACCCAAGGACGCUGUUAAACCCAAAUUUAUUGAAGAUGGUUCUUUUGUUCCAUUCCAAAGUACAGAUGAAGGCGAUGUGCGGCUCACUGUGAAAGUUACAGGAAAACCAGAACCUGAAGUGACGUGGACGAAAGAUGGCAAGCCAGUGGAUAAGCUCCCAAAUGUAGAGCUAGAUCAUCAAGAAGACAGAUACAUUCUGACCAUUCGGGAAGCUUCACCCGAUGACUCCGGCUCCUAUAGAUGCACUUUGACUAGUGAUGUUGGCAAGUCUACUAGAACUUUUAGUGUUGAUAUUGAAAGCGAAGGACCUGCACCAAAAGAGUCUGAAAAGAGAAAGCCACGGAAGGGUGAGGAACGGCCGAAGUUUGUGUCAGAUAGCACCGUUGAAGAAUUUAAGAUCACUGAUGAGGGGGAACUAAGGCUGACCGUUAAAGUUACUGGAAAACCUUUCCCAGAAGUUGAGUGGACAAAAGAUGACAAAGACUUGAAAGAAGAUGAUCGAGUUAUCAUUUCAGAGCAGGAUGAUGGAAUUGUCGUACUGAGAAUAAAAGAUGUUGGUGCCCACGACUCGGGAGUGUACAAAUGCCAAGUUUCCAGUGAUGUCGGAACCAGCACAAAGUCGUUUGAUGUGACCAUCGAGGGCGAGCGCAGAAAGGCGAAAAAGUUAAUUGAGGUCGAUGAUACGGUAGCUCCGCAUUUUGUUGAAGAUACAAGUAUAGCACCAUUUGAACUUACCGAUAGUGGUGAUGUUCGUCUUUCUGUACGUGUUGCUGGAAAACCUGAGCCAAAUUUUAAAUGGACUAAGGAUGAUGAAGAUAUAGAUUUUAGAAGUAGCCAGUAUACGUUUGAGAGGGUAGACGACCGUCUCACGCUUAUUGUAAAGAGUCCGUCUCCCUCGGAUCAGGGAACCUAUAAAUGUACCGCUACAAACAAAGGUGGAACUGUCACACGGACAUUCCAAGUCAAUAUGGAAGGGGUUGACACGGGCCCGCAGAUCCAGGAAUACUCUAAAGAGAUCGAAGUAGUGGAAGGCUCGUCUGUGACUAUUGAGUGUCAGUCUUCAGGCGCGGAGGACGCGAGAAUCACGUGGUACAAAGAUGAUGUUCCUUUGGGAGAUAGUCCACGGUUUGAGACAGCGUUUGAUAAUGGACUCUGUUCGUUGAGAAUACACGAUAUUGUUAUUGACGACGAAGCAGAAUACAGAUGUGACAUUGCUACAGACCGUGGUGUGGUUUCCAUGACGACCGAGUUGAUUGUCGAAGAAGCGGUUCUCAUGCCCGUCAUAAUCCAACCUUUAAAGUCGCUUGAGAUCAAGGAGGAGAAUGUUGCCCGGUUCGAUGUCCGUGUCCGCGGCAGUCCUCAACCACUUGUGGAAUGGUUCAAGGAUGGCCGGCAGCUGCAGGAUCUCGGUCGGUUCAUGAUUAUCGAUGAUGUAGAUGACCAGGACAAGGAGCUUUACUCCCUUGUCAUUGAAGAUGUUAUUCCUGAGGACGCUGGUGAAUAUGAGUGUGUCGCCGUGAACGAGGCGGGAAAGGCAACAAGCACAGCCACUCUACAGGUUUUGACGAAAAUAUCGGAGCUGGAUAAGACGCCUGUCCGUACUGUUGAAGGCUCAGACAUAACCAUGAAAGUAGCUGUCAGUGGUACUCCUCGGACGGAAGUGGAGUGGUACAAAGAUGACAGAAAACUCUCCAACAGAAAGCCAUAUGUUAUCAAAACUACCGUUGAUGACUACGAGCUGACCAUCACGUCUGCUUCCCCUAGCGAUGCUGGCACUUACAAAUGUGUGACGAAGAAUGAUUCAGGAACAUUUACCCAGAUGUUUGACAUCACGAUAGUCGAAAAUCCAGAGGGCGCCGCUCCCGAGUUUAUCAAGCCCUUAAAAGUUUUAGAGGUAUUCGAGACUCAACCUGUGCGACUGGAAUGCAGUGUCACGGGGACACCAGAGCCGCAGAUAACAUGGCUAAAAGGCGGGGAUGUUGUCAAAGAGGAUGACAGGAUUACCACAGUCUUUGAUGGAGAGACGUGUGUGCUUAAUAUCACAGUUUCUUGCCUUGAUGACGAGGGCGAAUACAAGUGCCUUGCAAUGAACGAUUUCGGAAAGGCCGCAACAGUAGCAGAGCUGCUUGUCAAUGAGGCGCUUGUAAAACCAAAGUUUAUCGAGACAACACACGACACUGAAAUCAUCACCGGCGAGUCGGUUUGGUUCAGAGUGAAGUACGAAGGAUCACCAACACCUGAUGUUGAUUGGUAUCACGAGGACACGUUGGUCUCCGACACUGGCCGGUUCCUCAUCAACACCGAAGAAGACACGUCAACACUGAUCAUUGAAGAUGUCAAACCGAUCGACAAAGGAAACUACAAAUGCAUCAUAUCCAAUGAUGCCGGGGAGGAUAUGACUGUUUCGAAGUUAACCGUGAUUGAGAAGAAAAAGCCUAUAACCGACGUUGGAACGCCACCUGAGUUCAGUCCGCAUGUCGGCGAGGGACCCCUAGAAAUCUCUGAUGGAGGGGAUCUUACACUUGAGGUUAAAAUAACUGGGGAACCUAAGCCUGAAAUCCAAUGGUUCAAAGAUGACAAACCAGUGAAACCGAGUCAAAAGAUUCGCGUGGAUUACAGAGAUGACAUCCACUCGCUGACAAUCGUGGGUGCUUCUCCCGACGACACCGCAAAGUACACGUGCAAGGCUACAAACAAGUCUGGUACAACAACGAGAAACAUCAAUGUCGAUAUCUCAGCGCUAAUGCCUGAGGGUGAGGCUCCCAAGUAUGUCGAGCCACUGAAGAGCGAUGAGAUUGUCGAGGACAGCUCUUUCACUAUGAAUGUGAAAUUUACCGGUAAACCUAUUCCAGAAGUUCAAUGGUUUAAGGAGAAUAAACCCGUUAGGGAAGAUGAUCGCGUUCAUAUCAUACGCGAAUCUGAUAGCAGCACCCUUGUCAUCACUAAAACUGUUCCAGACGAUGAGGGCUCUUACAAAAUCGUUCUCAGCAAUCCAUUUGGGAAAGCCGUCUCCGAAGCAGAACUCGUAGUCAUGACAGUAUCAGAGGCCGAAGAUGAAGGCAUCAUUCCAAAGGUAACGCCCACCCCUGGCAAAACAGAGAUCACAAUUCCUGUACAAAAGCCAAAGUUCGGCCCUGUGGAAGUGGAUAUAAAGGGGCUGAAGGACAAAGAGCGAGAACGAUUAACGUCAGAGGCCUCUAUUGCUGGAAGAAAACCUUUUGGAGCCGUGGAUAUGUCAAUCACUGCACCUGGUGAAGACAAAAAGCCGACAGUGACGGAAGCAGAAUUUACUCCUGUGGCAUUCAAACCAGUUGAGAUCUCUGUGCCUAUAGGAGAUGAAGCUCCCUUCAUAAAGCCUGAAAAGGAGGCCAAGAAGCCCGAACCUUCCAGUGCUGUGCAAAAGCCGCUCGUAGAAGAAGAGUCAGUUGCCCCUAUCAGCUUCAAGCCUGUAGAAGUUACUGUUCCGAUGGAAGAUGAGGCUCCUGUCCCUAAGGAGGUUAUAAUGCCCGUGUCGGUUACUCCAGCUGAAGAAGCCCCUUUCAUUAAAAAACCCUUGAACGAUGAGAUCGAUGUUCUAGAAGGCGACUCGGUCCGACUUGAGUGUGUGAUUUCCGGUGGGCCCGAUGCUCAUGUUUUCUGGUACAAAGACGACUACCUGCUAGAAGAGGAUGAGCGCGUCAGUUACGAGACCGAUGGCGACCAACAUACACUGAUCAUCCAGUCGGCUGAGCUAGACGACGAGGCAGAAUACAAGUGUGUGGUAACCAACAUUGCUGGAAGUGUAGACGUCAAGACCGAGCUGAUUGUUGAAGAAGGCAUCUCACUUCCUGUUAUCAAGGAGGGGCUCAAGGACACUGAGGCCAAUGAAGGUGAAAUAGUGCGUUUUGAUAUUCGCGUGGCUGGAAAACCUGAGCCAGUGGUUGAAUGGUUCAAGAAUGACGAGCUCGUGGAAGAUUCUGGUAAAUUCAUUAUCAUUGACGAUGUGGACGACAAGGAUAAGGAACUAUUCUCCCUGGUGAUUGAGGGUUGCGCCGCGGACGAUGACGCUGUGUAUAGCGUGGUGGCUAUGAAUGAGGCUGGCAAGGACACUAGUAAAAGAAAACUGCUUGUGCAUAGCAGGCCUAAGCAGGAAGAACCUACUGAACCAGCUGGACCUCGGAUCACCAAAGAGUUAGUCGAUGCGGAAGUAGAAGAGACUACGCCCGUAACGCUAGUCGCGGAGUUUGUCAGCGAAGGUGAAACGAGCGUUACAUGGACAAAGGACGCCCAUCGUGUGGUUGCCGACAAUAGGGUCACCAUCAAGACGGACGAGACGAGUAGCACUCUCGCUAUUAGCAAAUCUGAUGUAGAUGAUGAGGGACUUUACACCUGCACGGUCAGAAACAAAAUGGGCGAUACCAGCACUUCUGCAGAAGUUAUAGUGGAAGAGUUGGAAGCUGUGGAAUCAGAGGCUGAGCCACCGAGGUUUGUCACUCCGCUGAAGGACCAAGAGCUUGAGGAGGGGUCCACAGUUGAUAUGUUGGUUGAGACAGAUGGAACCAGCCCUAUACACAUUAAGUGGUUCAAGGACAACAAAGAGCUAGUGCCAGAUGAGAGGCACACCUUUACCAAAGACGGAAACAAGCACACCAUGACGAUUUCUCCCGUUACCCUUGAAGAUGAGGCAAUGUAUUAUAAGGUUGUGGCUGAAAAUGUCGCUGGUGAGGCUGUGACAGAUGCAGAGGUCAUCGUUGAAGUAAAAGAAGCUGCUGAAGUCACCCCUGUCGAAGAGGUAGUGGACGCUGCGGUACCAGCACCAAUCAUCAUAAAGCCUUUGAAUGAUGAGAUCGAUGUUCUAGAAGGCGACUCGGUCCGACUUGAGUGUGUGAUUUCCGGUGGUCCCGAUGCUCAGGUUCUCUGGUACAAAGACGACUACCUGCUAGAAGAGGAUGAGCGCAUCAUGUACGACACCGAUGGCGACCAACACACACUGAUCAUCCAGUCGGCUGAGCUAGACGACGAGGCAGAAUACAAGUGUGUGGUAACCAACAUUGCUGGAAGUGUAGACGUCAAGACCGAGCUGAUUGUUGAAGAAGGCAUCUCACUUCCUGUUAUCAAGGAGGGGCUCAAGGACACUGAGGCAAACGAAGGUGACGUAGUGCGUUUUGAUAUUCGCGUGGCUGGAAAACCUGAGCCAGUUGUUGAAUGGUUCAAGAAUGACGAACUAUUAGACGAUUCUGGCAAGUUUAUUAUCAUUGACGAUGUGGACGACAAGGAUAAGGAACUGUUCUCCCUGGUGAUUGAGGGUUGCGCCCCGGAAGAUGACGCCGUGUAUAGCGUGGUGGCUAUGAAUGAGGCUGGCAAGGACAGUAGUAAAGGAAAACUGCUUGUGACCAGCAAGCCUGAGCAGGAAGCUCCAGCUCAAGCCGAUGCGGCCACUCCAAUCUUAGAGCCCUUGGUAGAAACCAUUCCAGAGGUCCCGGAAGAGGAGGCAGCUUCACCAGAAACGAAAGCGCCAGUGUUCAUUGAAACUAUGAAAAACAUCGAAGUAAUGGAGGGUGAGGAGGCGCGAUUCGAUGUACACGUUGAUGGUGUGCCAGAACCAUCGAUCGAUUGGUACAGAGGCGAAGAACUUAUCCCUGACGAAGGACGCUUUGUACACAUUGACGCCGUCAAGGAAGAAAUCUUCACACUGGUGAUUGAGAAUACUAAAUUGGGAGAUACUGGUAAAUACACUUGUAUCGCUGCCAAUGAUGUCGACGAGAUAACAUGCGAAGCUGUACUCACUGUCAAACCAAAAGAGAUCGCUCCCGAAUUUCAAAAAGAGCCGGAAAAGUCCACAUUCGACGUUAACACUGGAGACGACGUGUCUCUUGACUUGACCGUCACUGGAAAACCGACACCGAAGGUUGAGUGGUUCAAGGAUGACAAGCCUGUAAAGAGCACGAGGCGCCUUGAGGUCAAGGCCAAGGAUGACGAACACUCACUCAAGAUCAAAGGGGGAAAGCCUGAUGAUUCAGGCAAGUACACUGUCGUAGCUGAAAGCCCCGCUGGCAAGGACACCAGGACCUAUGAAGUUAAUAUCAAAGACAAGGGGACCAUACCAGAGUUCACAAAGAAACUUCAACCUGUAACUGUCCGCGAGGGAGAGCGCAUCAGUCUUGACGCCCGCGUCAAAGGCAAACCAACGCCAACUGUCGAGUGGAUGGUAGAUGGCGAGAAAGUACAAGACGACCAUCGCAUCAAGACCACAUUCGGCGGAGAACGGUGUACUCUGAAGAUCAUGCCCUCUGAGCGAGACGAUGAGGGCGAGUACAAGUGCGUUGCGACCAACGAAGUGGGCCAGGCCACCAUUACUACAGAGGUUCUCGUGAAGGAGACUUUGAGGAAGCCUGAGUUCAAGCAGAAGAUGCAGCCCCUGCAGGUUCUCGAAGGCGAUGAAGUCCGGUUCGAUGUAAGAAUUGAUGGAAAGCCAACUCCAAAGGUGGAAUGGUUCAAGAACAGAACGAAGAUUGAUAACGAGGGUCGCUUUGAGAUAAUUGACGAAGAGGAUCUAUAUUCGUUGAUAAUCGAUGACACGCGCUUAAGUGACGCAGACACGUACAAGUGUAUUGCAACCAGUGAGGCUGGGAAGAGUACAUGUAUCGUGGAGCUUUCGGUGAAAGAAAAGACUUCGGCACCUGAGGUCUUCGGGGAUACAGCUCCAAUCAAUAUCACUGAGGGUGACGAACUAGACCUCAGCGUUCGCGUGAGAGGGAAACCAAAGCCGGAAAUUAAGUGGACCAAAGACGACAAGCCAAUAAAAAAGACAGACCGCCUGACGACCACCACUAAGGAUGACGAGUGUGUACUUGUGCUAUCAGAUGCAAAGCCCGAAGACAGCGGGCGCUAUAAGUGCACAGCUAAGAGCGAGCAUGGCACCGCCAGCAAGGAGUUUGAUGUCAACGUUGAAAAAGCGAAACCUAAAGGGGUUGCUCCAAAGUUCACGAAACCCCUCGAAACAUUGGAACUCAUGGAAAAAGAGACUGCCAGGCUAGAGUGCACCGUGACAGGGGAGCCGGCUCCAACUACGGAAUGGCUUAAGGGUGACCAGCCCCUGAAGGAAACACAACGAAUCAAAAUAGAGAGGGACAAAGACUCGGUUGUUCUUGAAGUGCGUCAUGUAGAACUUGAUGAUGAGGCUUUGUACAAGGUUGUUGCCAAAAAUGAAUCAGGGGUAGCUACAUCUGAAGCUGAGCUCCUUGUAAAUGAAGCCACCGAGAAGCCUUUCUUUAAGAAAACCCCUCAAAACGUGACCGUCUUAGAAGGUGAUGAAAUUCGAUUGGAUGCACGAGUAGGUGGGAAACCUGAGCCAACCGUUGAUUGGUUCAAAGGCGAUCAGAAGGUUGCAGACGAAGGUCGUUUCCUUAUCGUUGACGAUGAAGAAGGAGACCUUUUCUCGUUAAUUAUAGGUAACGCUAAGCCACUCGACUCAGGCGUCUACAUCUGUCAGGCAACCAACGAUACUGGAAAAGCAACCGCCGAGGCGGAAAUACAAAUCGAAGAAUUACUUGUUGCCCCUGAAUUCGCGGAAGAGGAAGCGACACAGCUUACAUUGAUAGAAGAUGAUGACAUGACCCUGGAGUUGCAUGUUACCGGUAAACCCAAGCCUGAGGUCCACUGGACCAAAGACAACAAGCCCUUAACAGAAGAUGAUCGUAUCAUUAUUGAUCACAAAGGUGAUAGUUGUAUUGUUGAUAUCAUGGCUGUCACGCCUAAUGACUCGGGCACGUACAAAUGUGAAGCUAAGAACAAGGCCGGAGUUAACACCAGGACAUUUAUCGUCAAUGUUGAAGCUAAGAAACCAGCGGGAGAAGCCCCUGAGAUAACCGAAUCACUCCAGGAGAUGGAAGAAUUGGAAGGGAACCCUGUUACCCUGACGUGUAAAUUCACCGGGACUCCAGCGCCUGUGGCUGAAUGGUUCAAGGCUAGCACCCCAGUGAGAGACGGACGUCGCUAUAAGAUCACUACCACGGAUAACACAACUACAUUAACCAUCAAGGAAACCCGACUUGAUGACAACACCGAAUACCAGGUCGUUAUUCGUAACGAUAUCGGGUCAGUGAAGUCAGAAACUCGCGUUCGUAUUACCGCACUAGUAAGGCCUGAUUUCACCAAAAAGUUGAAGCCAGUUGAGGUAGAAGAAGGUCAGGAAGCUCGUUUAGACGUGAGAGUAGUUGGGACACCAACUCCAAACGUGGAAUGGUUCUGUGGCACAACCAAGCUAACGGAUACCGACCGUUAUGAGUUUAUCGAAGAAGGUGACUCAUACACUUUGAUUAUCAAGACCACAGUGCGGGACGACGACGACACGUACAAAUGCGUUGCAACCAACCAGGUCGGGAAAGUGACCUGCCGUGGCGACCUCAAGGUGACAGAGAAAAUGUUUCCUCCAGAAAUCACGAGACCUGAACGCACAGAGAAGAUAGUCCUUCUUGAGAAAGAGGAACUAGUAAUUAACGUCACUAUAUUGGGGAAUCCUAGACCCGAUGUCAAAUGGUUCAAGGAUGGGAAACCUAUUCGGCAGAGCAGUAGAUUGAAUAUUCGCCCAAGGGGAGACACCUACACAUUGAACAUUCACACAACCGAACCAGACGACGCAGGAAGCUACACGUGCGAGGCGCAAAACAAGAUGGGCACCUCUUCCACCACCAUUGACGUUCAGAUUGAAGCUUCAAAGCCUAAGGGUGAGGCGCCGAGUCUUGUUUCUGAGCUCCAGCCACAGGAGAUCAGCGAGGGCGAAGACGCCAAGCUCGAAUGCAAAGUAUCCGGCGAACCUCAACCUACUAUCGAAUGGUUUAAAGACGACGAGCCUGUGACGACCGAUAAUCGCGUGAGGGCGGACUAUGACGGCAAAACCAGCACACUAACCAUUCGCGACGCCACACUUGAUGACGAAGGAGACUACAAGUGUGUUGCGACCAAUGAACUUGGUUCUACCUCUGCUACAACUGAGCUAUUGGUAAACGAGAAACCUGUAGAGGAAAAGAAACAACCGGAGAAAUCAAAAGUUGAAAAACCGGAAGUCGAGGAACCAGAAGUUGAAAAACCACAAGUCGAAGAACCAGUCGCCGGAAAACCGGAAGUAGAAACGCCAGUGGGAGAAGUCCCACAGGAAGUGCUCGCACCUGUCACAGUCGAAGUGGUCGAAACAGCGCCUAUUACAUUAGAAGAUAUGAAGCCCACCGGAGAAGCACCAAAAGUGGUGGACGCCUUGCAGCCGCUGGAGGCUUUAGAGGGAGACGAGGCAAAGCUUGUGUGCAAGAUAACAGGUUCACCUACUCCUACAGUAGAAUGGUUUAAAGAGAAAGCAAAGGUGGUGGAUGUUCGUCGGACUAAGAUGGAGUACACUGAUGACGUAGCAACUCUGACAAUCCCAACCACACGCCCUGAGGACAAAGGGAUGUACAAAUGCGUAGCGAAAAAUGACUUUGGAGAAGCAUCAACUUCUGCCACGCUCCACAUCAACCCUGUAGUUAAACCAGACUUCAAAACAAAACUCAAACCUAUGGAGGUCACUGAGGAGAGUGUUGCGAAGUUUGAAGUCCGUUCAACAGGGUUCCCUCAACCGGAAGUUGAGUGGUUCUUGGGUUCUACGAAGAUCGAGGACAGCGGUCGGUUCCGGGUAGUCUCCGAACAAGAUAGGCACGAACUGAUUAUAUCGGACGUAAAAGUAAAAGACGCAGGCACUUACAAAUGCACAUUGGCCAACCAAGCAGGCACGGCCUACUCACGCGCCGAUCUUAAGGUAAAGGAAAAAGACUGUGCACCAGAGUUUGUAGGAGAUCAAGCAGCACCCAUAGUUGUACGCCAGGGAGAGGACAUCGACAUUGGUGCUCAGAUUACAGCCAAACCCAAGCCAAACGUCAAAUGGUACAAGGAUGGUAAGCCACUGCGGGACGGCCCGAGGACGACGAUCCGAGCGCGAGAUGACUUGUACAACUGCAAGGUGCUCAGUGCCAAACCCGAGGACACGGGAAUGUACAAGUGCGAAGCCACCAAUGCAGUUGGCAAGGCGACUAGGACCUUUGACGUACAAGUUGAGGUCCCCAAGCCUAGAGGAUCCAAGCCGUCGCUGGAAGCCGAAUUGAAACCUGUGACGGUCACGGCAGGGGAAGAUACAAAGCUCGUGUGCAAGAUUUCAGGGAAGCCACAACCAAAGAUUGACUGGAUGAAAGACGACAAACCGUUGAAACCGGACAAACGUGUACUGCCUACGUAUGAUGGAGAGACAUGCGUACUCACGUUCCAUAAGGCUGUCCUAGAAGAUGAAGCAGAAUACAAGGUCGUGGCGAAAAACGAGCUGGGCUCAGUUUCCACAUCAGCUGAGUUGCUAGUUAACGAGAAAGGAGCAGCUCCGAAGAUCGAGAAACCCUUGCAGGACGUAAAGGUCGAUGCUGGUAAAAAGGCAACUUUCAACACUCAAGUGUCGGGUACUCCAACACCAGAAGUGGAAUGGUUCAAGGGAGAGUCAAUCGUCGAGGAUAAGGGUCGGUUCAUGAUCAUCGACGAUGCGAAAGAGGGAGUCUUUCAGCUAGUCAUCGAGGACGCAAAGCCAGAGGAUAGCGGUGUCUACAAGUGCGUGGUCUUCAAUGACAUCGGCGAGACGCAGACUAAGGCUAAGCUCCAGGUUGACGCGGUGGAAGUCGCGCCUAAGACUGACAAGAAACUAGACGAGAAAGAAGAGCCAAUCACCGUUCUGGAGCAUCAAGAAGUAGAUAUGAGCGUGAAGGUCAAGGGCAAAUACGUCCCGGAUAAGGUUUUAUGGUUCAAGGACGACACGCCCGUCAAGACGAAUACCACAAGAAAGAUCCACUCAGAGGGUAGAAUGUACUACUUGACACUGACUGAUGCCUCGCUGGAUGAUGCUGGGCACUACCGCUGCGAGUCAACGACUAAGCUUGGGACAACUAUUAGCACCUUUCUCAUCAUUGUCAAAGCCAUGGAGAUUGCCCCUGCUUUCGUCACACCGCUGAAACCUCUUCAAGUGCGGGAAGGGGAAGACACUAGAUUGAUCUGCCACGUGAUUGGAACCCCCGAGUUAACAGUUGAAUGGCUAAAAGAUGACAAACCAAUCGCCAAGGAUCGCCAUCUGAAGGAGGCUUUCCAUAAUGGCGUAUGUACUUUAAUACUGAAACAUGUUGUUCAACAAGAUAAAGGAGUGUAUAAAUGUAAAGUCACCAACAAAUUAGGCUCUGCUACCUGUGGCGCCAACUUGAUUGUGAAUGAAAAAGCAGUCAAACCUGUAAUAGUCAAGCCACUGAGUAAUUUACAGGUAGAGGAAAAAAGCCUUACAAGGUUUGAGGUUCAGAUUACGGGUAACCCCAAGCCCCGUGUUGCAUGGUAUCACGGAACAACCAAACUCAUAGAAGGGACCAUUUACAAGAUGCUGGAGGACAGUCGGAAUCACACGUUCACCUUAAUAGUAAAUGAUUCGCAGCGUCACGAUAGCGGUGUAUAUAAAUGUGUGGCGGUGAAUGAGGCGGGGAAGGCGAUCUCUCAAGCCACACUAGAGGUCACAGGAAGGCCUUGUGCUCCCACCUUUGUGGAAGACGAAGUCAAGGACGCUGUAUAUGUACGUGGUGGCCAGGAAGUUAGCUUGAUGCUGACAAUCAAUGGCUUUCCUACUCCGGAUGUGAUGUGGUACAAGGAUGAUAAGGAGUUGCAGGAGAGUCAGUUGGUCAAGAUAAUACCCAAAGGAAACAUGUACUACCUGAUCAUCUACAAAGCUAGCUUAAAUGAUUCAGGAAUCUACCGCUGUGUUGCUAAAAACACUCAUGGUUCGGUAUCGAGGACGUUUGAUGUCCGAGUCGAAGUGGAUGGUAAAGCGCCGCGAUUUGUAAGUGAACUGAGACCAGUUGAAGUAUUUGAGGGUAAUGAAGUCAGCCUUGUCUGUAAAUUGUCAGCUGAGGCAAAACCAACAUUCGAAUGGUCGCGAAAUGGUUCCCCUGUCCGACUCGAUAACCGCGUGCAGGCUUCCUUCGAUGGACGUUACAGUACAUUGAAAUUUCUAAACGCCAAGAUUGAAGAUCAGGGUACUUACAGUUGCUUAGCUAAGAAUGUCUUUGGAAGUGCCUCAAGUCAAGCUAAACUACUAGUAAAAAAGAAAGGGAACCGUCCACAACCGAUCGGAAUGAUAAGAGACAUUGAGGGUUACGAAGGCGGCCAAGCCCGCUUUGAUGUCCAUUUUACGGGAAACCCGAAGGUAGAGUGGUUGCACGGAGAAGAGCAAAUUAUUCAUGGAGAGAAGUACAAAAUUUCUGAGAAUCCAGGAGAGUAUCUUUACUCUCUGGUGGUUGGUGACUUGAAGCACGAAGAUGGUGGUAGGUACACUUGCGUAGCAUCUAACGAGUCCGGCGAUGCGACCUUACACGCAAACCUCAAUGUGAAAGACAAACAUAUUGCACCCAUGUUUGUCGAAGACGACACUGGUGAGCCUAUUACGGUGGAGGCCGGAAAAGAGCUGAACGUGAUAAUGAAUAUUCGGGGCAAUCCUAGACCAGACGUCAACUGGUACAAAGAUGGCAGUUUUUUGCAACAAACUGGUAGAAUGGGCAUCUCUUCACGCUGGGACUCCUACAGACUCACUGUCUUUAAGGCAGUACCCGAUGAUGCUGGAAUCUACCGGUGUGAGGCGAAAAACAAGCUGGGCACAGCCUCCAGAACAGUAAUGGUGAAAGUAGAAGCUCCCAAGGCUGGAGAUGCCCCAUCUCUUAGCAGUCAGUUGAUGCCUGUCGAGGUAACAGAAGGUAACGACAUCGACCUUGUCUGUAAAGUCUCAGUCAAUCCCAAGCCAACUGUCACGUGGUAUAAAGGUGACGCCCUUGUGAAGCUUGAUGAUCGUAUAUCUGCACAUUUCGACGGACGCUUCAGCAGAUUGUCCAUACAAAAGGCCACAAAAGAUGACGAAGGAAUUUAUAUCUGUGACGUGCAAAACGAACUUGGUAAAGCUUUCAGUAAAGUAGAGUUGACUGUUCGAAAGCGGAACGUGAAACCGCAAAUUGCCGGCGAGAUUAAAGACGCAGAAGAGGUGGAACGCGGUGAGGUACGUUUCGAAGUCCGUGUAACUGGAUUCCCCAAACCACGAGUUGAGUGGUACCGUGGCCCUGUACAUCUAACUGAUGGUGGGCGGUUCAGCAUCUCAGAAAAUGAGGACAUGUAUUCGUUGACAGUCCGAGAUUUGAAGCGUGAUGACUCUGGUACGUACAAGCUGGUAGCGCAGAAUACUGUCGGAAAAUGUCAAGUACAAGCUGCUCUUGUGGUUAAAGAGAAACUCUUUGCCCCUGAGUUCGACGAAGCACAAAGAAGUGCACCUCUAGUCUUCGAAGAAGAAGAUGAGAUCAUGUUAAAUUUGAAGAUUUUGGGAACCCCAAAACCGGAAGUCUUGUGGUACAAAAAUGGUCGUCGCUUGUUUGAUUCUAAUCAACUGGAGAUUACGUCGUAUGGAGAUGUGUAUCGUCUGCGUGUGUUCAAAGCAGCAGCAGAUGACGCGGGAGAGUAUAAAUGCGAAGCAAAAAACAAGAUGGGCGUCUCGCUUAGGACCUUCGACAUUCAAGUUGAAGAAUUAAAGGGGAGAGGAGUACCUUCAUUCAUCACUGGUCUAUUCCCUGUUCAGAUCAAGGAAGGCGACAAAUACACCUUAGUCUGCAGAGUGUCUGGAAAGCCCAAACCAACUAUCACGUGGUUUAGAGACAAUACACCUGUUCAUACUGACAAUCGCGUUGUUGCGUCUUAUGAAGGGAGUGUUAGCGCUCUGGAGCUCAAAGAAAUGAAACUUUCUGAUGCUGGUCUCUACAAAUGCACAGCGACCAAUAGCCAGGGUUCAACCUCUAGCUCCGCCGAAGUCACUAUCAAGAGAAAGGACGCUAUACCAACGUUCGUUGUUGGUUUAAAAGAAACUGAAGGUUUGGAAUCGUCAGAUAUGCGUCUCGAUGUAAAAAUAGGUGGGUUCCCAAGACCUACUGUCGAGUUUUAUAAAGACUACGAUCUGAUCGUUGAUAGUGAGCGGCAUAAAAUCCUUGAAGAUGGAGAUCGCUGCUCUUUGAUCAUAACGAAUCUGAGGCCUGAAGACGCUGGGACAUACAAGUGCGUGAUCACAAAUCUGUUAGGCGUGGAGACAUCAGAGGCCGUAAUACGUGUGCAGGAGAGGGAACACGCGCCGCGAUUCGACGGUACAGACCUGGGCCAGUCAGUCACUGCCCAAGAAGGCUUUGAACUGAACAAAACAUUUAUCAUCAGGGGCAAACCCAGACCUACGGUUACAUGGAUGAAGGAUGGUAACGUGAUCAGUAGCUCGAACGGAGUUUCACUUCGUCAACGCGGGGAAUCCUAUUCACUGGUCAUCAUCAAGGUCACCAAAGAAGACUCGGGCAACUACACCUGCCAAGCAGUCAGUUCACUGGGAAAAGCAUCACAAAGCUUUGACCUAAAAGUAGAAGCGCCGAAAGUCAAGGAGGAACCACCAUCGUUCUUAAGUGAAUUGCCGCCACUACAAGUCCGAGAAGGCUUUGAGUUCAAGCUCAUCUUCAAAGUAGUGACAACAAAGGACUCUAAAAUCGAGUGGCGGAAGGACGGUAGAGCAUUUACUCCUGGAGGCAACUCUGAAUUCUCCUUCGAUGGGCGCAACAUCACACUAGCGUUCAAGAAUGCUACCUUAAAGGACGCUGGGCGCUACCAAUGUAUUGUGACUAACAAAUUUGGCGAGUCGUCCAGCUCAGCAGAUAUAAGUAUAACACAGAAGACAAGAAAACCGGAAGCGAUCGCGCCAUUGAAGAGUAUAGAGUCUGUGGAAGGAGGUCAAGCAAGGUUCGACGUCGAAAUGUCUGCCUUCCCGUUACCAAAGGUUGACUGGUAUCAUGGUGGAACUAAGAUCACUCAUGGUGGGCGGUACAAGAUCAUCCAGUCAACUGACGGAGACAGACCUGUUUAUACACUGAUCAUUGAAAGUCUUAAGUACACCGACUCUGGUACAUAUAAAUGCAUUGCGACGAACGAGGGUGGAGUCACCACAAUCAAGUCGGACCUAAAAGUCAAGGAGCCACUCAUCGCACCUGAAUUCGAGGGUAAGGACAUCACCGCUCCAAUGGUCUACAAGGAUGGCCAGGAUAUCAAAGUAAGCUUCAAAAUUAAGAGCAGACCCAAGCCGAUUAUUGCGUGGUACAAAGACGGCAAGGCAUUGACUUCAAGCAAGAGAGUGACUUUAACUUCAAGAGGAGACACAUAUGAGCUAAUUAUAAAAAAGGCAACGAAGGAAGAUUGUGGAAUGUACAAAUGUGUAGCAACAAAUGACCUCGGCGCAAAUGCUAAAGAGUUCAACGUUGAUGUCAAAGCACCAGCGAUAAAGAAGGCUCCUACUUUCACAAGCGACUUACAGCAACAAGUUAAAGCCAAGCUAGGAGAAGACGUCACGCUCUUGUUUAAAGCUGUUACAACAUCCGAUUCGAAGAUUGACAUUUACAAAGAUGGUAAAAUCUUUAAAUCAAACUACAGGCUCGACGGUGAAAAUAUUAUGCUGACAUUUAAGAAUGCCUCUGCUAAGGAUUCUGGAACGUACGAAUGCAUGGUCACAAACAAGUAUGGCAAAUCUUCAAGCAAAGCUACAAUCUUUAUCGAGGAGGAAAAGAAGAAAGAAAUGAUUGUAACUGACACAACAUUCAAGCCCAUCGAGCUAAGUUUGCCAUUUGGUGCCCCUGAUGAGUCGGUCCACACAGUAGCUGUUGAUGUUAAACAAAUAGAGAAGAAACCAGUAGAGGUCACUAUGCUUGGAAAAGAAAUGAAGCCAGUUGAGUUUAAAAUGGAGGCACAAGAUGCUAGAACCAGGACAGAGAAGAAAGAGACGGAAGUGUCUGUAUUUCAGAUGGGCGCUAAGCCAGGUGAAAUUCACCUCGACCUUAGUGGGAAACGUGUUGACAAAGAUACCAGGAAAGAUGUAGAGUUUAAGCUGGCGGCAGAAGAAACUCGACUCAAGCCGAAACAAAAAGAGACGGAAGUUUCUGUGUUCCAGAUCGGUGCUAAGCCAGGUGAAGUUCACCUCGACCUCGGUGGGAAACCUGUUGAGAAAGAAGUAUCUGUAGUUGGGCUAACAUCAAAACCUAUCGAACUUAGCAUGAAACUGGAUGUUCCGGAAACCAAAAUCGAGACAGCAAAAUAUGAAGCUACAAUUGAGCCAGUAAUAAGAAAAGAGGCAGAAGAAACUCGAACCAAGCCAAAACAAAAAGAGACGGAAGUUUCUGUGUUCCAGAUCGGUGCUAAGCCAGGUGAAGUUCACCUCGACCUCGGUGGGAAACCUGUUGAGAAAGAAGUAUCUGUAGUUGGGCUAACAUCAAAACCUAUCGAACUUAGCAUGAAACUGGAUGUUCCGGAAACCAAAAUCGAGACAGCAAAAUAUGAAACUACAAUUGAGCCAGUAAUAAGAAAAGAGGCAGAAGAAACUCGACUCAAGCCGAAACAAAAAGAGACGGAAGUUUCUGUGUUCCAGAUCGGUGCUAAGCCAGGUGAAGUUCACCUCGACCUCGGUGGGAAACCUGUUGAGAAAGAAGUAUCUGUAGUUGGGCUAACAUCAAAACCUAUCGAACUUAGCAUGAAACUGGAUGUUCCGGAAACCAAAAUCGAGACAGCAAAAUAUGAAGCUACAAUUGAGCCAGUAAUAAGAAAAGAGGCAGAAGAAACUCGACUCAAGCCGAAACAAAAAGAGACGGAAGUUUCUGUGUUCCAGAUCGGUGCUAAGCCAGGUGAAGUUCACCUCGACCUCGGUGGGAAACCUGUUGAGAAAGAAGUAUCUGUAGUUGAGCUAACAUCAAAACCUAUCGAACUUAGCAUGAACCUUGAUGUUCCGGAAACCAAAAUCGAGACAGGAAAAUAUGAAGCUACAAUUGAGCCAGUAACAAGAAAAGAGGAUAUAUCUGUGCUCGAGUUGGGAGGGAAACCACGCGAAUUUCAAUUCCAGCUAGGACCUUCCAAGCCUGAGGCAAAACCUCCAGCAAAGACCGAGAUAGAGAUAGAGAAGCAAGAAGUUGUAUCAGUAGAUACUGCUAUGAAACCGAUGGAUGUUAGUAUACAUUUAGGUACUAAAGCAGAACCGAAGAAAAAAGAAGAGGUAUCUGUGUUCCAGCUUGGGGCAAAACCACACAAAAUUGAUCUCAAAGCAAGAGCUUUAGAACAAGAGAAAAAAGAACCAACCAGAGUUGUUGAGAAAAAAGUAGUCGCUGUGACUGAGAUGUCGAUGAAGCCAGUUGAUGUAGAUCUUCAGCUAGGUGCGCCUGAUACAACUUUUAAGCUAAAGGAGAAUAAAGUAGAGGUUUCCGAAAAGAUCCAAGAGGUCACUGCUAUCAAAACAGAGACAAAACCUUUCGAGCUUGCCAUAAAGCUUGAUGACACAGAUGCGAAACCCAAGGGGAAAGAUGAAGUGUCUUCUUUCAAAUUAGGGGCGAAGCCUGGAGAGUAUACUCUUCAAUUAGACAUCCCCAAAGACAAGCAGCAGCCCCCAACUUUUACUAGUGAAGUAAAACCCGUUCAAGCCAACGAAAAUGAGCAAGUGUCAGUAGUGUUUGAGGCAGAUCUUACGCCAGACUCGAAGAUAGAAUUUCUCAAGGAUGGAAAACCUUUCAAAGGUGACGAAAAUUCCGAUUAUUCCUUUGACGGGCGUAACAUUUUGUUAUCAUUUAAAAAUGCUACCCAAAAGGACUCGGGAACCUACGAAUGUGUGCUAACUAACAAACAUGGACAGUCUUCCAGUGAUGUAAAAAUAACGAUUGAACCCAAAAAAGAAAAGAAGCAAGCCCCUGUGUUUAUCCAUGAAAUAACAAAGCCUGUUGUUGUCAAGGAGAAAGAGCAAGUAAAACUUGUGUUUGAGGCAGAUGUUACACCGGACUCAAAAAUAGAAUGGUUGAAAGAUGGGAAACCGUUCACACCUGAUCAACGUUCCGACUACACGUUUGACGGUCGAAUUAUCACUCUUAUGCUGAAAGACACUUCAGUGAAGGAUACUGGGACAUACGAAUGCGUAAUUGCGAACAAAUACGGCAAAUGCUCAAGUCCUGUUGACGUCAAGGUAGAACCUAAGUAUCUCAAGCCAGAAGCGGUUACACCAAUGAAAAAUAUUGACGCUGUGGAAAGUGGUCAAGCACGUUUUGAGGUUGAGGUAAGUGGGUCCCCUGAGCCUAAAUUUGAAUGGUACCAUGGAUCAACCAAGUUAAAUGAUAGUGACAAACACAAGAUCAUCAAAGCUGAAGAUAAACCUUUGUAUACCCUGAUAAUCGAGAAUGUAGACACAACGGACGGUGGACUUUACAAGUUGAUUACAUCCAACUUAGCUGGAACCACAACUAAUAAGGCUGAGCUUAAAGUGAAGGAAAAGGAGGUCGCGCCAGAAUUCAUCCAGACUGAUACAAAGCCCAUAGAUGUUGAACAAGGACAGGAUGUUACUGCCAGCUUUAAAAUCAAGUCCAAACCUAAGCCUCAAGUUACAUGGCUAAAGGAUGGCAAGACUCUGUCUUCGAGCAAACGAAUCGUCCCAACCGUCCGAGGUGAUACUUACGAGUUGGUUAUCAAGAAAUCGACGCCGGAGGAUACAGGAACAUACACGUGCACUGCCACUAACAACAUUGGGAAGUGUUCCAGUGAUUUUACCGUCAAUGUUAAAGUACCAAAACCAAAGGGAGAGGCGCCUACCUUUACAAGCGAGCUUUCCCCUCCUUUAGGUAAAGAAGGUGAUGCCUACAAGCUUAUCUGCAAGGUCUCCGGGAAACCAAAGCCGUCAAUAGAGUGGUAUAAGGGCGACAAGCCCGUGGCGAUGGAUAACCGAGUGAAAUCUCAAUAUGAUGGAGUUCAAAGCACGCUGUCGUUCAAAGAACUCGAUCUAAGUGAUGAAGGGGUUUACCGGUGUGUAGUAACAAACGAGCUUGGUACUUGUUCAUCUGAGGGAAAAGUGAGUGUGACUAAAAAAAGCAUCAAGCCCUUGUUUACCCAGAAGCUGACGAAUGUAGACACAGUUGAAUCCGGCGAGGCAAGAUUUGAUGUGACUAUAGAAGGAUAUCCAAAACCUACAGUGGAAUGGUACCAAGGCAAGAAUAAGAUUGGUAGCUCAGAAAAGCACAAAAUCUUGGAGGAUGAUGAUGGAAAAUGUUCCUUGAUUAUCAAAGAUUUGACGAAGGAUGACGCCGGUGCAUAUAAGUGUGUCGCAACUAAUGAUGCUGGCCAGACCUCGCUGCGAGGGGAUUUAUCCGUCAAAGAGAAACAGAUAGCACCACAGAUAAAAGAGAAAGAACAAGAACCAAUCGAGGUGUUUGAGGGCGAGAGUGUAAAUCUGGAUCUGACGAUAACAGGAAAGCCCAAACCUGAAGUUGUUUGGUACAAAGAUGGUAAACCCCUGCGCAAGACUAAGUCUAUCGAUUUGAAAUCAACUGAUGACUCCUAUUUCCUCUCGAUACCUAAGGCAACACCGAGUGACUCUGGGAAGUACAAAUGUGAGGCUAAGAAUAAGAUUGGGACAUCAGCCAGAGACUUCGACGUCAACGUCAAAGUCAAAGGUGAAGCACCCACAGUUACCAGUGAAUUGAAGCCAGACAAGGUGCAAGAAGGCGAACAGUACAAAUUUACUUGUGCAGUAACUGGAAAGCCUAAACCAGUCAUUUCCUGGUACAAGGAUGGCCAGCCAAUCAAGGCUGACAGACGAGUUAAAGACAGCUUUGAUGGAACGACGAGUACGUUAUUGAUAAAAGACGUAAAGCAGGAUGACAAAGGGACUUACAAGGUCGAGAUUACUAAUGAUCUCGGAUCCAUCAGCAGUACUGCUGACUUAGAAGUGACGCCGAAGCCCGCGAAGCCUGAAGUCGUGCGUAAAAUGGAAAAUGUUGAAUCGGUAGAAGGGAGCGAUGCAUUUUUUGAGGUUAAGUUCAAGGGUUACCCAAUUCCAAAACUAGAGUGGUUUCACGACUCCAAGAAGAUUGAGCCAUCAAGUCGCUUUAAGAUAACAACUGACGACACAGAGCAGACAUCGAGUCUUGUGAUCAGUGACCUGAGACUGGAUGACAGUGGGGCCUAUCAAUGUAUUGCUAGUAAUGAGGCAGGGGAGUGUAACCUGAGAGCUGACCUUAAAGUGAAAAAUAAACCAUUCGCACCUGAAUUUGCCGAUGGUGAUCUUGAGCCUAUAGAAGUAAAAGAAGACCAAGCAGUAAAUGUGCGUCUUACAGUAACUGGGAAUCCCAAACCGGAGGUGACGUGGUACAAGGAUGGAACUCAAUUGCAUGACACGAAGAAAUUGAAGUUAAAAGCAACUGGUGAUGUUCAUGAAUUAUCUAUACCGAAGGCAUCGACCAACGACGAGGGACAGUAUUUCUGUGAAGCAAGUAACCCACUUGGAUCCCCAAAGAGAACUUUCAAAGUCACUGUAGUACCAAAAGGAGUCGCGCCUGUUAUAGAAAGUGGACUAAUGCCAUUGCAAGUCACGGAAGGAAACGGGUGCAAAAUGGUCUGUAAAGUAAGUGGCAAGCCACAGCCCAAGAUUGAGUGGUUUAAAGAUGGGAAACCACUUAAAUCUGAUAAUCGUUUAACACCAGCAUUUGACGGAAGCUCUUGUACUCUGACCUUCAAAAGCACUACCCUGGAUGAUGCAGGUGAAUACAAGGUUAAGGUUACCAACGAAGUAGGGUCGGUCACCAGUCUAGCCGAUAUCAAUGUACAAAAGGCUAAAGUCAAACCAGAAUUUUUAAGAAAGGUGGAAGAUGUUACGGCAUUAGAGACUGAGCAGGUGUGGUUUGAAAUUCCGAUCCAAGGCUAUCCAAGACCUAUCGUUGAAUGGUAUCGCGGAACUACUAGGAUUAAAGACGGAGGGAGGUUCACAAUUUCUGAAUCAGAAGAGAACGACAUGUAUAGCUUAGUUAUCGAUGAGGCGAGGACGGAGGAUUCUGGGCCUUACAAAUGUGUAGCUAGCAAUGAUGCUGGAAAAACGACAGCCUUACUAAAUCUAGAUGUGAACGAGAAAGUGGUCCAGCCUGAGUUUGACAAAGAGGUGAAACCGAUCGAGGUUAAACACGGAGAAGAGGCGACUACAAGUUUGGAAAUCAAAGGAAAGCCGAAACCGAAAGUAACGUGGUACAAGGACGGGAAAGUACUACGAGAGUCAAAGAACAUUCAGCUUAAAUCUAUUGGAGAUACAUACUCGAUCAGAAUCGUUCGAACCGCCCCAGAAGAUGUUGGGACAUAUAUGUGCGAAGCUACAAACAAGGCAGGACUUGCAUCGAGAAAGUUUGACAUCACUAUUAAAGGUGAGGCUCCUACACUUAGCAGUAAGCUACAGCCGAUCCAAGUUACAGAAGAAGACGAUUGUAAGCUGACUUGCAAAGUCUCUGGUUUACCAGAACCAACUAUUAAAUGGUUCAAGGAUGGCGAGCCGGUCAAGUCUGAUCUUCGCAUCAAACCAACAUACGACGGCAAAACCUGCACCCUCACCUUUAAAGGUAUUACGAUGGAUGAUGGGGGAGAAUAUGAAGUUCAAGUUACCAACAACUUUGGAACCGUAAGAACUUCUGCUGAUAUCGAUGUACAAAGGAGAAAUGUAAAGCCGGAAAUUGUGGGGAAAGUACACGACAUAGAGGCGUUAGAGACAGAGCAGGCGCGAUUUGACAUCCCAAUCAAAGGCUAUCCAAAGCCUGUCGUCGAGUGGUUUCACGGACCGACAAGGAUUAUGGACGGAGGGAGGUUCAAACUUUCUGAAUCAGAGGAGAACGACAUGUAUAGUCUGGUUAUCAGCGAUUUGGUAAUGGACGACUUGGGUACUUACAAGUGUGUUGCCAAUAAUGAUGCAGGCAAAACGACGGCGCGAGCAAAUCUAGAUGUGAAGGAGAAAAUGUUCCAGCCUGAGUUCGACAAAGACGAGGUGGAACCGAUCGAGGUUAAACAAGGAGAAGAAGCUAGUACAAGUUUGGUAAUCCGAGGAAAGCCGAAGCCUGAAGUGACUUGGUUCAAGGAUGGUAAACCGCUACGAGAGUCAAAGAACAUUCAGCUGAAAUCUAUUGGAGAUACAUACUCCAUCAGAAUCGUCCGAACCUCUCCAGAAGAUGCUGGGACAUAUAUGUGCGAAGCUACAAAUCCAUCUGGCAAAGCAUCGAAGAAUUUCGACAUCGGGAUAAAAGGUGAAGCCCCUACAUUUGCAAGUAAGCUACAGCCGAUUCAAGUUACAGAAGAAGACGAAUGUAAGCUGACUUGCAAAGUCUCUGGUUUACCAGAACCCACUAUCAAAUGGUUCAAGGAUGGCGAGCCGGUCAAGUCUGAUCUUCGCAUCAAACCAACAUACGACGGCAAAACCUGCACCCUCACCUUUAAAGGUAUUACGAUGGAUGAUGGGGGAGAAUAUGAAGUUGAAGUCACCAACAACUUUGGAACCGUAAGAACUUCUGCUGAUGUCGAUGUACAAAAGAGAAGUGUGAAGCCGGAAAUUGUUGGGAAUGUAGACGACAUAGAGGCGGUUGAGACAGAACAGGCGCAAUUUGACAUCCCGAUCAAAGGCUAUCCAAAGCCUGUUGUCGAGUGGUAUCACGGACCGACAAGGAUUUUGGACGGAGGGAGGUUCAAAAUUUCUGAAUCAGAGGAGAACGACAUGUAUAGUCUGGUUAUCAAUAAUUUGAUAAUGGACGACUUGGGUACUUACAAGUGUGUAGCCAGUAAUGAUGCUGGCAAAGCGACGGCGCGAGUAAAUCUAGAUGUGAAGGAGAAAAUGUUCCAGCCUGAGUUCGACAGAGACGAGGUGGAACCGAUUGAGGUUAAACAAGGAGAAGAAGCGAGCACAAGUUUGGAAAUUCAAGGAAAGCCAAAGCCAAAGGUAACGUGGUAUAAGGAUGGAAAAGUUCUGCGAGAGACUAGAAACACUCAGUUGAUGUCUAUUGGAAAUACGCACUCGGUCACGAUCAUAAGAACUACCCCUGAUGAUGUUGGGACAUACAUGUGCGAGGCUACAAAUAAAGCGGGCACUUCUUCAAGAAAGUUCGACAUCAAAGUUUCAGGAGAAGGGCCUAAGUUGGCAAGCGAGCUUCAACCCAUGCAAGUCACUGAAGGUGAUGAUUGCAAACUUUCCUGCAACGUAACAGAGGGAACGACUAAGCCCAUAAUCAAAUGGUUCAAAGACGGUGAGCCAGUCAAGUCUGAUCAUCGCAUCAAGCCAUCAUACUACGGUAAAACCUGCGUCCUCAAUUUGGAUGGUGUAACAAUGGCCGAUGCAGGAGAUUAUGAAGUUGAAAUCACCAACAAAUUUGGAACCGUUAAAAGUUCUGCUGAUAUCGAUGUACAGAGGAGAAAUGUGAAGCCGGAAAUUGUUGGGAAUGUAGACGACAUAGAGGCGGUAGAAACAGAACAGGCGCGAUUUGACAUCCCGAUCAAAGGCUAUCCAAAGCCUGUUGUCGAGUGGUAUCACGGACCGACAAGGAUUCCAGACGGAGGGAGGUUCAAAAUUUCUGAAUCAGAGGAGAACGACAUGUAUAGCCUGGUAAUCAGUGAUUUGGCAAUGGACGACUUGGGUACUUACAAGUGUGUUGCCAGUAAUGAUGCAGGCAAAACAACGGCGCGAGUAAAUCUAGAUGUGAAGGAGAAAAUGUUCCAACCUGAGUUUGAGAAGGACAAGGUGGAACCGAUCGAGGUUAAACAAGGAGAAGAAACUAGUACAAGUUUGGUAAUCCGAGGAAAGCCGAAGCCAAAGGUAACUUGGUACAAAGACUUGGUACCUUUAUUGGAGACACGAAGCAUUCAGCUGAAAUCUGUUGGUGAUGAACAUACCUUAGAGAUCAUCAAUGCAACCCCAGAUGAUGAAGGAAAAUACAAGUGUGAAGCCACAAAUAAAGCGGGCACUGCGUUUAGAUCAUUUGACAUCAAAGUAAAAGUGGCAGAACCACAAGGUAAAACUCCAAAGAUUACGACUGAAAUGACCGAUAUCCAAGCUAUCGAUGGCGAAGACUGUAAAUUGAUUUGUCAUGUCACCGGAGAACCUAAUCCGGAGGUCGAAUGGUUCAAAGAUGGAAAACCACUAAAGGCAAAUCACCGUCUUGUCCCCAGUUUUGAAGAGCGCAUGAUAGCCUUAUCGUUUAGGCCAAUCAAGCUAGAAGAUAUGGGUAGAUACAAAUGUGUUAUAAGCAACGUCUUUGGAAGUGUCUCCAGUGCAGCUGAGGUGAAUGUCGAGGAUAGAUCUUUAAAACCUGAAGUCAUCACAACCAUGCGUGACUGUGACUGUGUUGAAGAGGAAACUGCCUCAUUCCAUUGUGAGUUUUCUGGAAAACCUGAACCAGAAAUUGAGUGGUUUUGUGGACCAAAUCCUAUCGUGCCAGGGGGGCGCUUUCAUGUUACAGAGGAAGGCAAUAUUCAAUCUCUUGCCAUUUCCGAUCUGAAACUUGAAGACGCUGGUAACUACAAAUGCGUUGCCAGCAAUGCCGCCGGGAAAACAACAACCAGAGCUGAACUCAAAGUAAAUGAAAAACUUUUUGCUCCUGAGUUUGAAGAUUGGAAGGACACUAUCGAUGCUCUUGAUGGCCAAGACGUCAAUAUAAAUACCUGGGUCAGAGGUAAGCCAAAGCCAGAAAUAGUAUGGCUUAAAGAUGGCGAAGAGUUGCGGAACACAAUGCAUGUACAGAUUAAAUCUUAUGGAGAUUCGCAUGGUUUGGUUCUUUACAAAGUGUCGCCAGAAGAUGCAGGAAUGUACACCUGUCGAGCGAAGAACAACGCUGGUAUUGUGUCAAAAGAUGUUACUAUCACAGUCGAAGCACUUAAGAAAAAAGGCGACACUCCUACUUUUAUGAGCAAGUUAGAGCCGAUAGAGAUUACAGAAGGGGAUGACUUCCAGCUUUCGUGCAACGUGACUGGAAGACCUCAGCCCGAGGUACAGUGGUUCAGGGAUGAAGUGUUGAUAAAGCCAUCCCGUCGUUUCAAAGCAUCCUACGAUGGGAAUGUCAGCGCGUUAACUGUUAAAGAAGCAGAACUCGACGAUGACGGCGUGUAUAAGUGUGUGGUUACUAAUAAUUUUGGAUCAGUUUCGAGCAAAGCCGACGUGACGGUGUUGAAAAAGCACCUUAGGCCAGAAGUUCUUCAGAAAAUGGAUGAUGUUCGAACUGUCGAGGGUGGAAAAGCUAACUUUGCUGUCAAGAUAGACGCGUUUCCCAAGCCUGAGAUUGAAUGGUACUUAGGUGCUACUAAGAUAACUGAUGGCGGUAGAUUUAAGAUCAAAACAGAUAAGGAAAACUGUAGUUAUAUUCUUUUCAUCGACGAUGUGAAGCUGGAUGAUGCUGGAACGGUGAAGUGUUCUGCCACCAAUGCCGCGGGGAAGACAGUCGUGCGCGCCGAUUUAGAAGUCGAAGAGAAAAAUGUGGCACCUUCCUUUCAUGGUCGCCAAGGUCGAUUACGCGUAAAAGAAGGAAGAGAAGCAAGUGUGUACUUCGAAAUUUCAGGGAAACCAAAGCCAUCUGUUACAUGGUACAAAGAUGACGUCGUUAUCGGUGAUGAAGACCGUAAUGUAGAUAUCUACUCCCGAGGUAGCUCGUAUUAUUUCACAAUCAAGCAGGCGCGUCCUGAAGAUAAGGGAACGUACAAGUGUGAAGCUAGAAAUGACGUUGGCACUGCCUUUGAGACGUUUCCAAUCGAUUUAGAAGUCAAACAAGAUGUAAUGAUAGCUCCUGAAAUAAGGCAACAACUACAGGCUGAGGACGUCACGGAAGGUGAUGAUUGCCGGCUGACAUGUAAAGUGUCUGGUUACCCCGAGCCUACCCUCGAAUGGUUAAAAAAUAACGAGCUUUUGUCUGAUAAUGAUCGUUUCAAGACAAGGUUUGAUGGCCAAACAGGCACCCUUACCAUCAGAAACGUUACACUUGCUGAUGCUUUACCCUACAAAGUGGUGGUACGUAAUGAUGCUGGAGAGGUUUCAAGCUCAGCUAAGCUGAAGGUAAUACGGAAAUGUACCAAGCCAGAGGUGCUCGAGAAGAUGAAGGAUGUAAAGGGUGUCGAAGGCGAUGAGGCAACAUUUAACGUCAAACUGUCGGGCUAUCCAUCUCCUGAUAUCGAAUGGUACUAUGGAACAACCAGAAUCAGAGACGGUGGAAGAUACAAGUUUUCUCGAGAUGAUCAGAAAUACUCACUGACAAUAAAAGACCUGAACCUUCAGGAUAUUGGUACGUACAAAUGCAUCGCUUCAAACGAGGCUGGGAAAGUCACACAAAGAGCAGAGCUAGAGGUGAAAGAGAGGGACUAUGCUCCAAUAUUUGAGGAAAAACAAUUCCUCGAGCCCUUGGAAAUUCACGUACGUCAACCAGUAGAAGUAAGCUAUCACGUGAGAGGAAGACCAAAGCCAACGGUAACAUGGUGGAAGAACGGGAAAGAACUGCGUGACAGGAAACAUGUCGAAAUUCGGUCUGGUGGCACCUAUCACACCCUGUACAUCUUAAGAUCAGAAGAAGAGGAUGCUGGAAGUUAUAAGUGCCUUGCUCGUAAUGAUGUUGGCUCCGCGGAAAGACUGUUUGAGGUGCAAGUUGAAGGUGUAAAGCCCAAAGAAGAAGCGCCCAAGCUUACAAGCCAACUCCGAUCUGCCAGAAUAACAGAAGGUGAUGAUUUUGAGCUAGCCUGCGACGUUAAGGGAACACCUGAUCCUUCAUAUGAAUGGCUGAAAGACGACAAGCCAGUUAAGUUCGAUCGUCAUCUCUCUUCUAGUUUUGAUGGCAAGAAGUGCACGUUGAAUUUCAAGAGGGUUCAACUCUCUGAUCAAGGCUCCUACACAGUGAAAUUUAAGAAUGCGCAUGGCUCCACUUACAGCUCUGCCAACCUGGACAUUGUAAAAUCCAAGUCAAAACCGGAGAUAUUGGAAACAAUGAAAGACGCCGAGGGCAUAGAGACCGGUAAGGCUAAGUUCGAUGUGAAAAUUAAAGCCUACCCAAAAGCCGAAGUAGAAUGGUACCACAGAUCAGCAAGGAUAUAUGAUGGUGGUCGGUAUUGUCUUACGCAGGAUGAAGAGGACGGUACUUACUCAGUUACAAUAAAUGACCUUCGUCUUGAAGAUUGUGGUACGUACAAGAUAGUAGCAUUCAACGAUAUUGGCAAAACCUCUGAGCGCGCGGAACUGACAGUAAAAGAAAAACUCAUCGCACCCGAGUUUGAAGGCAGAGAGACUGAAGUGCCAUUCCGCGCUAAAGAAAAGUCAGACCUUGAAGUGAGCUAUAAUAUCAAUGGCAAGCCAUCACCAGAUGUAUCUUGGUAUCGUGACGAUAGACUGUUACUCGAUGGACGGAAACACGAAAUGCGCAAGCGUGGAAACACAUAUCGUUUCACUGUCUUUAAUGUGUCUGCUGGAGACGCUGGGUCCUACAGAUGUGAAGCAAAGAAUAGAGUUGGAUCAGCUACAAGGAACUUCAACGUCGAGAUUGAAGUUCCCAAGGCGAGGGACGAAGCACCAUCAUUCACGACCACACUUAAACCCAUAGAAGUAACGGAAGGAGAAAACCACACGUUUAUAUGCAGAGUGCAUGCUCGACCAGAACCAAGUCUAACGUGGUACAGAAACAAAAACGAGAUCGUUCCCGAUGGACGUUCAAGAACAACGUUCGACGGCGAGACGUACAAGCUGAUUUUACAAGAUAUCAAAAUCAAAGAUGCUGGACAAUAUGAAUGCAUUGCUUCAAACCCAAUUGGUAAGGCUUUUUGUACUGCAGAGAUGACGGUCAACAAACGGGAAGUCAAGCCUGUGAUUAAGGAAGUAAGUAAGACAUUUGAAGUCAGUGAGGGCGGCACUGCGAGCAUCGAAGUAAAGGUUUCUGGCGUUCCGGUACCAACAGUUGAAUGGUAUCACGGUUCCAAUCGAGUGCUUGAUGGCGAUCGCUUUCAAGUAACCCAGGAAGGAGAUUACCACACACUAUCAAUCAGGGAUGUAAGAGAUCAUGACGCUGCGUCUUACAAAUGUGUUGCAUUCAAUAAUGCCGGGAGGACGACCUAUCGGGCCGAUCUUGUUAUUACAGAAAGGGAGUAUGCUCCUGAAUUCGAAGACUUCGACGAAAAAAGGAUAGCCGUACGAGAGGGCCAAAAUGCAAUUACAAAUAUGACCAUUAGGGCCCGACCAAGUCCCGAUGUUGAGUGGUACAAAGGUGACACGCUUUUAAUGUCCGACCGAAAGAUCGACUUGAAAACUAUUGGAGGGUUGUACUACCUAGAAAUCCGCAAAGCGACUCUGGAUGAUGCUGGAACGUACAUCUGCAAAGCAACCAACAGUAUCGGGUCAACAUCCAGAAGGAUUAUUGUGGACGUUGAAGCUUUAAAAGAGGCCCCAGUAUUUGUAUCUAAAUUACGACCACUGUUUGUGACUGAGGGAGACAAUGUAAGCUGGAUGUGCAAGGUAGCUGGCAUGCCUCGUCCAACUGUCGAGUGGUACAGGGACAACCAGCCACUGCGUGCCGAUACUCGCUGGAAAAUGGACUUUGAUGGACGCGUCUGCUCUCUUUUCCUCAGUGAGGCUGACUGUAAGGACAAAGGAGUAUAUAAUUGCGUACUUACUAAUUCUGCCGGAAGUGCUUUCUCUUCAGCCGAACUUCAAGUGGACAAAAAGGCAAACAAGCCCAAAGUUAUCGAAAAGAUGAACGAUGUUCAAACAGUUGAGGGCACUGAAGCACGCUUUGACGUACGAUUUAGCGGCCUGCCAAGACCUGAAGUGACAUGGUACCGAAAUUCUAUCAAGGUCCGGAAUGAAAGUAGAUUCCAUCUGUCAGAAGACGGCGAUCGCUAUUCGCUGACCAUAACUGAUACAAAGCUGGUUGACACUGGCACUUACAAAUGUGUUGCAACGAAUGAAGGCGGAAAGAUAACAUCUCGAGGCGAUCUGGAUGUGCGAGAGCGGCAGUUUGCACCAGAAUUCUACGGCGAUGACGAGCUAAAAGAGCCUGUCGUUGUCCAGGAAAGCGAUGCCAUCAAUUUCAAGGUUCGUGUACGCGGCAAGCCUGUGCCAACUAUCGUUUGGUAUAAAGAUGGAGAGAUGGUACGAGAUGUUAGACGAUUCGAGAUCAGGUCUCGUGGAGACAUCUACACAUUUGCAACCUACAGCGCCAGUGCAGAGGAUGCGGGCACAUACACUUGUGAAGCUUCCAACAAAUUGGGCAAGUGCUCCCGAGACUUCAACUUACACGUUGAUGUCCCGAAAGAGCAAUGGGAAGCGCCCUCAUUUAAAUCCGAACUUCAACCUGUUAUAUUGGAAGAAGGAGGAACAGGUGUGCUGGUCGGUGAGGUAGCCGGGAAGCCUUUACCAACAAUUCAAUGGAUGAAGGACGAUUACCCUGUACUGUUUGGUCAUCGUGUUCGACCACAGUUCGACGGUAGAACGUGUAAGGUGAUCUUCCGCGAGGCGUUAAUCGGCGAUGGAGGGAUGUACGAGUGCAUUAUCAAGAACCAGUGCGGGGAAGCAUCCUCCAAGGCAUUAGUCGGCGUUAACAGAGGCACAGUGGGGCCAGAAAUAAUCGAAAAGCCUGCAGGCCUUGUGAUUGUAGAGGGAAACGACGCUCGCUUUGAUGUACGAAUCCGGGGACACCCUACCCCGGAAGUUGAAUGGUUCUACGGUUCUGAGAGGUUGACUGACGGAGUAAAAUAUAGAAUAGAGUCCAACCCAGAGAUUGGGUUAUACUCCUUGGUUGUCUCCAAAGUACAACUUGACCAGACAGGACAUUACAGAAUCGUGGCCUCAAACGAGCACGGUAAAGCACAGGCCUUAUUAGAUCUAACUGUGAAUGAGCGAUUGUACGCUCCUGAAUUUCUGGAGGAUGACGGUGAGUGGUCCAAAGUCGUGCGCAAGGGAGGUUUUGUAAAUAUUACCUUCACACUGAUGGGCAAUCCUAGACCGUUUGUCACGUGGUACAAGGAUGGGAUCCUGCUGUAUGAUACCAGCCGUAUGGACAUGAGAUCCCGCGGUGACAUUCAAUAUUGCAACAUUUUCUUUGUUGGUCCAGAAGAUACCGGAACCUACGUCUGCGAGGCGCACAACCGUCUAGGAAGUAGCUUCAGGAGCUGCACAAUUGAAAUCAAAGAACCAAAGUCUGUGGAUUCCACUGACACUAGAGCCCCAGGACAGCUUAUUCCCGUGAAACAUAAGUUCGACUUCGAGGGAGUUUCCGGAGGUAAAGCUCGCUGUGACGUUCUUGUCAAAAAGAGUGACAUCAUCGAUAUCGAAUGGUUCAGAGGCACUAAUAUGUUGAGGGACGGCGAUAAAUACAAAAUCCUGAAGUCGGACGACGGUCAGACCUUGUCUCUCAUAGUAGAAAACGUCUGUGGUGAGGAUGCUGGUACAUAUCGCUGCGUGGUGCACACUCCAGCCGGACAGACAACCAUCCGCGGAGAGUUGCACAUCAAGGAAAAACAACAAGCGCCAUUGUUCCUUGACGAGAAGGUUUCCCAAGAAAAGUUUUCCCUCCCUCAAGGUCAAGAAAUGAACAAGAGUUUCACCGUCACUGGAUCUCCGACUCCGCACAUCACUUGGUAUAAGGACGGUGAGCCACUUGAUGACACGCGCAGGAUUGACAUUCGGUCCCGAGGGAAUGUUUACUACCUGGGAAUCUUGAACCUCAAGCCUGAGGACGCAGGAACAUACACGUGUGAGGCGGGUAAUAGGAUUGGUGCGGCAUAUAGAUCAUUUGAGGUCGACGUAACGGCCCCCAAGGUUAAGGGAGAGGCCCCAAGUUUCUCACUUGAAUUGCGCCCAAUAGCAGCCAUCGAAGAAUUUGACUCAAAGCUUAUCUGUCAUGUAAGCGGCAAACCAAAACCCCAAAUCAAGUGGACGAAAAACGGAAAGCCUGUGGAAAGUGAUGGACGUCUGAGAACGGACUAUGACGGCAUCGUAGCGUAUUUAUCGAUCUGGCAAGUUUCCCAUGACGAUGCAGGGACUUAUGAAUGUAUUGCAAGUAACGCCGCGGGGACGGUAUCAAGCUCAGCUGCUCUGACUGUCAGCAGAAGAAAUAUGCGUCCUCUUAUCACCCACAAACUCCACGAUAUGAAGGCUUAUGAGGGAAAGGAGGCGCGUUUCGAUAUUGAAGUUACCGGACACCCUUCCCCUACCGUCGAAUGGUUCAAGGGACCUUCCGGGAUCUCUGAAGGAAGAAGAUACCAGCUUAUGUCAAACGAAGAACAAGGUAAACACUCGUUGAUAGUUAGUGACCUUAACGCUGACGAUGACGGCAUUUACAAAUGCGUUGCACAAAACCUCGCCGGCAAGGCCAGUACUCGUGCGAUGCUUGAUGUCAUCGCCAGGGACUUCGGACCGGAAUUUGACGAGGAAGAAUCACCAAAGCCUGUGAUAGUGAAUGAAGGCGAGGAGGCACAGAUGAUGGUAAGCGUACGUGGAAGACCCAAGGCUGUUGUUGAGUGGUUCAAAGACGACAAGUUCCUGUACGAUAGUAGACGCAUGGGAGUCAGGUCAUGUGGCAAUAGCCACUACCUUGUCAUAUAUCAUGUGACACCGGAGGACGAGGGCAGCUAUAAGUGCGUCGCAAGCAGCACUAACGGCAGAUCAUCCCGAACAUUUGACCUUUCAGUCAAAGUACCUAAACCAAAGGACAAAUGGUCGCUACCGGCGUUCUCCUCCAAGCUAAGGCCACUGGAAACACUAGAAGGGGAAAAGACCAAGUUCGUUGUUAAUGUGUCCGGCGAGCCGAUACCGACAGUUGAAUGGUUCAAAGACGAUACGCCAAUCAAGCACGAGGAUCGCUUUAGAACUUACUUUGACGGAAGAGUCUGUAUGCUUGUGUUCAGAAAGACAGGUCUGGAUGACCAAGGCGUAUAUAAAUGUGUCCUUCGUAAUGAUGUGGGUACAGUGUCCUCCAGUGCUAACCUUAUUGUGUCUAAAAAAUCUGCGAGUCCACAAGUCGUGCCUAAGAUUAAAUUCGUAGACUCGUUUGAAUGCAGCGAAGCCAGGCUGGAAGCUCAUGUUGCCGGAGUUCCUCGACCAACUGUGGAGUGGUUUCUCGGAAGUGCUAAGCUCUGUGAUGGGGAGAGAUACCGCUUGGAACAAACAGAUAACUUGUAUACGCUUGUAAUAUCAAAUCUACAUAUGGAGGAUACGGGUCCAUAUAAGAUCAUUGCAACCAACGAGCAUGGCUCCACCGGGUCCGUUGUAGAUCUGACAGUCAAAGAACGGCUCUUUGGUCCCGAGUUCUUGGAGGAGGAAGGAGUAUGGAAUAAAGUUGCCAAGGCCGGCGGAUUCGUCAAUAUCAGCUUCACUUUGAAAGGAAAUCCGAGGCCACAUGUAGUUUGGUACAGGGACGGCAUCUUGCUGUAUGAUACGACGCGAAUGGAUAUCAGGUCUAGGGGUGAUCUGCAUUAUGUCAACAUCUACGGUCUUACCCUUGAAGAUGCAGGAAACUAUGUCUGUGAGGCACGCAGUCGCAUUGGUACGGCAAUAAGGAGCUGUACACUUGAAAUAAAAGUACCAUCGAUGGCUGGACCAGAAGAAAAGAAGAUCUCGAAGCCUCUGAUCGCCCAGGCCGAUAAUGAUGUGCAAGCGGUAGAGGGCUGGAAGGUGCAGUUUCAGACACGCAUCACAGGCUACCCCUAUCCUCAUGUCGAGUGGUAUCGAGGAACGAUCAAACUACACGACAGCGACAAGUACAAAAUCGCUCAGACCAAGGAGGACGGCCUAUACUCGCUGAUCGUCAAUGACGUAACCAAAGACGAUAUCGGCACUUACAAGUGCCUGGCCACAAACUCGGCUGGCUCAUCAGCUUGCCGUAUUAACCUUGACGUGAAAGACAAACAAUAUGCUCCUGAAAUCCCCGGGCACGAGGAUCGUCAGGAGCUGAACGUCCCUGAAGGGCAAGAGAUCAACAUGGACGUAGUAAUCAAAAGCAAACCUAGACUAGAAGUGUCGUGGUACAAAGACGGAGAACUUCUCCAGGACACGAAGCGUAUAGACAUCCGUUCCAGAGGUGAUCACUACUACCUAGUCAUCCCAUCUGCGGCCCCAGAGGAUUCGGGCUUGUACAAGUGCGAGGGAGUGUCUACUUUAGGGACAUCGUCUAAGACGUUUGACGUUAAAGUUGGAGUUCCCGACGGAAGCAGGGUUACUCCAAAAUUCCUAAGUCACCUGAAUUCACUUGAUGUUGAUGAGGGAGAUUCCGCCAAGCUGACGUGCAAAAUGUUUGGUAAACCUGAACCUACUGUUGAGUGGUUCAAAGACGACCAGCUUAUAACUAACAAUGACCGUGUGAGAUCCUCCGUCGUUGGAAACACUUGCACUCUCAUCUUCGAAACUGUUAAUAUCCAAGACCGUGGAGCGUAUAGAUGUACUGCAACAAACCAGGAGGGAUCGACUUCUAGUAGCGCAGUUAUCGUCGUCAAUAGAGCGAGUAUUACGCCACGAAUAAUCGAGAAGCCUCGAGAUGUUGAUGCAGUCGACGGAACAGAUGCAAAGUUUACUGUUCGCGUUGAAGGAUUCCCGCAGCCAAAGGUCACAUGGUUCCAUGAAUCCACGAAAAUCGUGAGCAGAGGGAGGUACGAAAUCAGCAGAGUCGGCGACUUAUACUCGCUAGUCAUCAGAGGCGUGGAGUACCUCCAUGUAGGCACCUACAAAUGUAUAGCAACUAACGACGCAGGUAAAGUUACAGCACACUGCCAUCUUGAUGUCACCAAACAGGACUUUGCACCGAUUGUUGCCGGGAGCGAGAUGCCGGAACCCAUUGUUGUCAGAGAAGGCUGCGAGGUGUCUAUGAUGGCCAAUGUAAGAGGAAAGCCAGCUCCGACUGUAGAGUGGUUCAAAGACGGACAAUUGCUCAGCAACACCAACAAUCUGCACUUGAGGGCUCGUGGGGAAUACUUUAAUCUAGAUCUCCUAAAAACUACUCAAGCAGAUUCAGGGACUUAUAAAUUUGUGGCUACGAAUGACCUUGGAAGCGCUUACAGAAUAUUCAACUUGAAUGUUACAGCUAUCGCUCCUAAGGAAAAAUGGUCAUCCCCUAUCUUUGUGACAGAGCUCUCCCCUUUGAGUGUGACAGAAGGUGACUACACCAAGUUUGUAGCUCACGUAUCUGGCGUCCCUCUACCCUCCAUCCAAUGGUAUAAAGACGACAACCCAAUCAGCUCUAACCAUCGCAUCCGAACCUUCUUCGACGGCCAUGUUGUCAAGCUAUUGAUCGGGCAAAUAACACUUGAAGACCAAGGACAGUACAAAGUUGUCCUAAAGAACGAGUCAGGCAGCGCCACGUCUUCCGCUAAGUUGUCAGUGAGGGAGGAAUACGGUAAGCCUGCGAUAACUCAGCUAUACCGCGACGUUGAAGGAUUCGACGGAAGCGAAUCGGAGCUAACAGUACAAGUUAGUGGUGUACCUGCAGCCGAGGUCGAGUGGUUCCGUGGCAAAACCAAACUCUUCCCAAGCGAACGGUAUCAUUUCAAACAGGACAAUGACUCUCAUUCACUAGUUAUCCGCGACUUGUGUCGUGACGACUCAGGUGCGUACAAAAUCAUUGCUACCAACGAAUACGGAAGAACAGGGGCUCUCAUCGACCUGACUGUGAAAGAACGACUCUUUGGGCCUGAAUUUAUCGAGGAAGAUGGGAAAUGGUCGAAAAUUGUACGAGAACGCGGCUUUGCGAAUAUCACCUUCAUGGUGCUUGGUAAUCCCAGGCCUGCGGUGUUCUGGUUUAAAGACGGUGUUCAGUUAUACGAGACAAGUCGUAUGGAUAUGAGAUCUAGGGACAGCCUGCAGUACUUGAACAUAUUCGGCCUGACGCCUGAUGACGCGGGGACGUAUGUGUGCGAGGCGCGUAGUCGAUUGGGUACAUGCUUCCGGAGCUGCACCCUGGACGUCAAAGCUGUUCGUCCUCGAAGGGGAAAUGAAGUUCAAGCCUGUAAACCCCAAACCUCGAAGAUGGCAAACGUGACCGCUGUGGAAGGCUGGAAGGUGCAGUUGGAUACACGGAUGACGGGAUAUCCAGUUCCGAUUGUUGAAUGGUUCCGCGGAGAAGAAAAGAUAACAGACGGGGGAAGAUACAAGACUGCAAGGAUGGAAGACGAAGGACUAUAUUCCCUUAUUAUCAGUGACGUUCAACUAGAAGAUUCGGGGUCUUACCGGGCAGUGGCCUCUAAUAAUUUGGGAGAAGCGACAACACUUGCGGAAUUAACAGUGAAGGGCAAGCAUUUCGCGCGCGAGUUGGAGGAGGGAGGUUGCCACAGCCGCUUGACAUUUAGGAAGGGACAGAUGGUAAGCGUCAAGGCCAUCGUGCCGGCACAUCCAAAGCAGGUCAUAUGGUAUAAGGACGGUAUCCGUCUGGAAGACUCGAGACGUGUUAACCUCCGGUCUGUCGGAGAGAGGUAUUAUGUCGUAGUCCCUUCCGCGUCUUUUGAGGACAGUGGCAUUUACAAGUGCGAAACUACUAGCGAGAAAGAAACAACCUCCCAGCUAUUUGACAUCCAUAUCGAAGAUGUUUGCAAGAGUGCUUUGGCUCCAGGAUUCAAGUCCGCCUUACGUUCUCUUGAUGUAACAGAAGACGAAUCCGCCGAGUUUCGCUGUGAAGUGUCCGGAUCACCCGCACCACGCAUUCAGUGGUUCAUGAAUGACCAACCAGUAUCCAGGGACUCGCGUAUUAUAACCUCAUCAGACGGACCCGUUCACAAACUAGCUAUUACCAAAGCAACCUUACAGGACACUGGCGUUUAUAAAUGCCUUGCUGUGAAUGACAAUGGCUCUGCGACGUCAACAGCGGAUCUCAACGUAAGUCACUGCCGAAUGAAGCCGACUUUUGUGGAGCGUCUACGAGAGGUGACAACUGUUUUUGGUGGAGAGGCGAGUUUCAGCGUGCGUGUUAAAGGUUUCCCCAGACCAAAGAUUGUCUGGUAUAAGGACAUAACGAGGUUGAUCAACAGGGGGCGCUUCCACAUCAGCGAGGAAGGGGAUUUGUACAACCUAACAAUCGAAAAUGUAGGGCGUGAUGAUAGCGGAACCUACAUGUGCAUCCUUUCCAACGCUGUUGGUAAAGAAACUUGCCGCAGCCAGUUAGUAGUGGAAGCGGAAGAGUUUGCACCAUUCUUCCCAGAGGACGAGGGUCAAGGUGCCGUACCCGUUGUCACCAGACAAGAUUCUGAAGUGGAACUAGGUGCUGUGGUACGUGGAAGUCCUAAGCCCGAGGUAGCCUGGUACAAAGAUGACGAGGAUGUUGCCACUGAUGCUGACGGUUUAGAUGUCGGCUCACGCGAUAAUGUCUAUUUCCUACGAUUUGCAAGGCCAUCUGUUAAAGAUGGGGGACUAUACAAGUGUGUAGCGACCAAUGAACAUGGCGAAGCAUCAAUGUUAUUCAACCUCGACGUUGAAGGCCAUGUUCCGGAGGAGGACUGGUCGGCGCCGAGUUUCGUUAUUGAACUUACGCCAACGACGGUCACAGAAGGAGAAUCGACUGCGCUUGAGGUAGAAAUAACUGGUACACCAUUACCAAAGGUUGAGUGGUUCAAGAACGACAAACCAGUCAAACAUGACCACUUAGUGCGAUCGUAUUUUGAUGGAAAAGUUAUAAGAUUGAUCGUGAGGCGUACAACGCUAGAAGAUGCGGGUCUAUACAGAUGCACAAUCUUAAAUGACUUAGGAACAGCCUCGUCGAUGGCCGAUCUAUCAGUUAACAGAGCACUCACAAAACCAGAGGUAGCAGAAAAGAUGACUGAUAUUGAUGCAGUGGAGGGCACCGAGGUUAGAUUAGAGGUAAUCAAGUUCGGGUGUCCUAUGCCUAAGGUUGAGUGGUUCCGUGACAAUGUACAGUUGACCAACAACGAUCGGUACACAAUCUCUGAGACUGAAGAUACCAGCACUCUUGUCAUCAGGAACUGUACCACGAAUGACACUGGACCAUAUAAGGUUAUCGGUACAAAUGAGUGCGGUAUUGGAGGUGCAGUGCUUAACCUUAUAAUCCAUGAGAGGGAGUUUGGCCCGGAGUUUAUUGACGAGGAAGGAGAGUAUGUCAAGGUUGUGCGCUCAGAGGGAGUUGCCAAUAUCACGUUUACAGUCAGAGGCAAUCCUCGACCGGAAGUGAUCUGGUACAAGGAUGGAACUCUGCUCUCUGAUACCACACGAAUGGACACAAGAUCUAGAGGGGAUACUCACUACCUGAACAUCUUCAGUCUGACUUCUGAAGACGCGGGAACAUAUAUGUGUGAAGCGCGCAGUAAGCUGGGGAAAUGUUUUAGGAGCUGUAUUCUCGAUGUUCAAGCUGUUCCUAAAGAGGAAGUCGAUCAUGGGCAGAUAGUUAAACCUGUCAUCACACGGAAAAUCCGCGAUGCACAAGGCGAGGAGGGGAGCAAUAUCCGCUUUGAGAUCCAUGUUAAAAGCCAUCCACCGCCACACGUCGAGUGGUAUCGCGGCUCCAUCAAGCUCGCACAUGGACCAAAGUACCAGAUCUCCGAGGGAGAUGGAGCCUACUCGCUCACGAUCACAGGCGUCCAGAAAGACGACACGGGAUCAUACAAGGUAGUCGCUACCAACCAGGCUGGCAGUUCCACUUCGCGAGCUGAGGUCGUUGUAAAGGAUAAACCAUUGGCUCCGAAAGUUGCUGAGAUGACAGCAACAGGACCCAUAACUAUCACCCGUGGUAAUCAGCUGAAUUUGAAUGUGACUAUCAGAGGCAAGCCUAAGCCGAGCGUCGUAUGGUACAAGGAUGGCAAUAAGAUCCUGACAUCCAGGAAUGUGCAGAUCAGGUCGUGCGGUGAUGUCUACCAUCUUAUCAUCUUAUUUACUAAAUCUGAGCAUGCAGGGACGUACUCGUGUGAAGCGACUAGUAAACUAGGAAAUACCUCGGCGAAGUUCGACGUCCAAAUUCAAGCUCCUGAGGCAGCACCGAAAGCCCCAGCCUUCUUAAAACAGCUCCUUCCACAGAACGCUAGAGAAGGCGACGUCGUCAAAUUCAGCUGUAAGGUUACGGGUUACCCAGAGCCAGAAAUCGAGUGGACAAGAGAUGGUGUGUCUAUGGAAUCGGACGAGCGUGUCACUACCUGGUAUGACGGCGAGCACUCUACGCUAUCUAUCCAUAACGCCAAUCACGCAGACAGUGGUAUGUACAAGUGUACCUUGAAGAACAAUUCAGGCUGGGCAUCAAGCAGUGCAGAACUUGUCGUAGGUGGAAAGACGCAACGACCACGCCUGUCUGAUAAUAUGAAGGAGCUCUUUGCAACAGUAGGUGGCGAGGCAAGGUUUGAGGUCACUAUGAAGGCAACCCCAAAACCCAAAAUCUGCUGGUACAAAGACGAGAUCACGCUUCGAAGCCGCGAUCGCUACACAAUGAAGGAGGAAGAUGGAAUAUAUACUCUCAUUAUCAAAGAGGUUCAGUUGAGUGAUUCCGGCACUUAUAAGUUCGUAGCAUCUAAUAAGGCUGGCAAGACGACAUUCCUUGGCUACUUGGAGGUAAUGGAGAAGACAGUUGCUCCAGAAUUCCCCGACCGUGAGACCCUGGAACAAGUAGUUGGCGUCGAAGGCCGUGAGGUUGAGCUGAGUACUGUUGUCAAGGGUCUACCAAGACCUUCUGUGAAGUGGUACAAAGAGGGUAAACUACUUCACACCAGUAAGGCCUUGACUGUAUCGACGAGCGGGGACACGCAUUACGUGUGGAUACCGUCCGCGAAGCAUGAACACUCUGGACGCUAUCGAUGUGAGGCUACCAACAGCAAUGGUACUGCACACAGAGACUUCGUGCUUAACAUUCAAGCUCAAGUUCCUGCAGAACAGUGGGUCGCUCCGGCCUUUACUGCACCACUUCAGCAUAUCGACAUUUUAGAAGGAGACACCACGAGAUUUAUUGGCGAAAUCACUGGUGUUCCUGUCCCUGUAGUAGAAUGGUACAGAGACGACAGACCAGUCACACGAGACCAUCGACUUCGGACGUACUCCGAUGGCCGAGUCGUCAUACUGUUGCUGAGACAAACCAACAUCUCUGACGCAGGUGUCUUCAAGUGUGUAUUACGUAACGAUCUCGGCACUGUGGCAUCAUCUGCUAGCCUGAACGUGAACGAAGGCUACUCCAAGCCUGAGAUAAAUGAAAAGCUGAAGAAAAUAGAAGCGUUUGAAGGCGGAGAGGCUCGCUUUGUUCUGUUAGUGACAGGAUUUCCACCGCCUCGAGUUGACUGGUACCGCGGUACAACCAAGAUCACAGAUUGUAAUAGGUAUAGCUCUACCUUGACAUCAGACGGCAUGGCGUCUCUGACGAUCCGCAAGAUCAGACAGGAGGAUGGAGGUCUGUAUGGAUGCGUGGCGGUUAACGAGUACGGCGAGACCACUUCUAUUGUCGACCUGCACGUUGGCGAGAAGCACUACGGACCGGAGUUUGCAGAGGAGGAACUCGACUGGUCCAAGACUGCCCGAAAAGGCGAGAACGCCAGGAUCACCUUUACUGUAAGCGGAAAUCCCCGCCCCGACGUGGUAUGGUACAAGGAUGGAAUGCUGUUGUUUGACACAACGCAUGUGGACAUGAGGUCCAGAGGAGAUAUCCAAUAUUUAACCAUAUUCGGUCUGACGCAUGACGACACUGGCACGUAUGUUUGCGAGGCUCAGAGUCGUCUUGGCAAGUCCUUCAGGACAUAUGCCUUGAAAGUUGAAGAACAGGCUUGAAAGAUAGGAAUCUAGGCAAAAGAGUUUUGUAAAGUGAACAUAUUUUUUUGAAAAAAGUUUGGUAUUUAAGAUGUAAUGCAUUGAGAUGCAUUUCUGACAACAGAACGGGCAAAAGCUUUCUAAUAAAUCUGUAGUUGUUCAAGCCCACCGUUACCGGCCAAAAUACCCGCGUACCGAUGCAAACACGUGAAAGUUGGUUGGUGUUGAGUGUUGAUUUUUGUUUAUUGUAGACUGUUGAAAUGAUACAGUUAGUAAAUAAAUAUUUGAUUCAUUA